CGUGGGGAAGGGGAUCCCGGUCCGGACGCUGAUUGGCCGCGGAGCUGUCGGCGGCGGCUCCGCUGUUGCUGAGGGGAAGCGCGAGGGGCCCGGCCGGGGCAAGGGAGGCCAGGAGCGGACGACGGGUGAGUUUAUGAAUAUGCUAAUGACAUGCAAAUUACGUAAAAAUGGACCUUCCGCCGAGGGGACUUGGGAUGGGAACGAAGUCCACCCUCCUCGUUCGCUCCGCUUGCCUCAGUUGUACUUUGCAGCCCUGCGGGGGGAGGGGACAGGCUAGAAGUAACAAGCGGAAGAGCUUGAUGGGAGUUGUAGUCUUUCCUAGGGGAACUCCCCAGGAUGUCGUAAGGGCGGGCUGCCGUUUUGGACUACAAAUCCCAUGAGGCUGUGCGCGGAGCCUUGGCUUCUUUAGACGUUCUGUUGCCCCAAAGCAUGAUGGGUGCGCUAGUCUUUUACGAGUACGUCCCUCUGCUUUUCCUAUGGGCAUCGCUGGCCCUGAAGAUUCUUCGGCACCCUGACCGUCCUGAGGAACGCCGCGGUGCAUCCCGGGAGUUGUGGUUCUUUCUCUGGUAACUUCCUGGUUUCUCCCAUAACACUUUAUGGGAACCAUGACUUCGGCGGCCGGCAGCCCUUGCGCGCUCAGCAGUUCUAAUGCGGUAGAAGCCUGGCUAACAAGGCACUAUGGGAAUUGUUGUCUUUCACACCUACGCAGUAUGGGAAGGAUGAGUGACAAGAACUACAAGUCCCAUGAAGGAUAGCUCCCCGUUUCUGCCUCAGCUGUAUUUCGCGUAGUGUCAUGGGAAUUAAAGUUCUUUCUGCGAGGGUUGGAAGACUCAAUCAGCUGUGGGUGGAAGUCCUUAAAGACUACAUGUCCCAUGAGGCUCAGCGGAACCUCGCUCUUCCUGUUCGCCCGGCGCCCGGUAAACAAGUCUGUGUUCUUGCUCCGCCUCUCCGUCCCUAUUGGCUACUGUAUGGUGGGCUUCUCCCACUUCUCCCUUAAUUCACCUUUCUACAGGCUACUGUAAGUGCUUCUCUCAAGGGAGGGGCAGGAAUGCUUUGACUAGUCUGGCCGACCCCUUUCAGCGCUGAUAGGCCGUUCGCGCUGCCUGUCUCGGGAGGUGGGGAAUGCGCAAGUUCUGGAGGCGAGCUAUUGGCUCGUACGAAAAUCUGUCACGGAGUUGUGGGUGCCGAUUGGACAGUGGCUCCAGCUGGUCCAGAUUCAUUCACCAUUUUGUCUGUUGGAGUAAAAGGGGCUCGGAGGGGCCGAGAGGGGCUCGGGCUGGACCAUCGGAGAAGCGGGGGAGGGGGAGUAAAAACUGGACUGUACCAAGACUCCCUGCAGAAAGAAUUCUGGCUAUCCUAAACUCCCUGGAAAGAGGGAGUCAUUCAGGUAAGGGGGGGUGAUAUUAACUCCUGUGCCCCCCUUCCCAAGGAGGGGGGGGAAGAGGAGGCUCCACAAAGGGUUAACAUCUUCACCAUAGCCUCCAAAGGAAAAGGAGGGGGUGGGAUGCACCAACUUUACUCCCCCUCCUCCCCAUUAGGUCCCGGGAGGUACCAACUCCCGCAGCCCUAAAAUGGGGACCCUCAGAGUUGCAAGGCAGCAGGAGGAGGCAGCAGCAGCAGAGAUGCCCGCUUUUUAUGUGCCACAACUUUUGGUGGUUUUAUGCAAAAGAAUUCUGGCGGGGGGGGGGAUGCGAUCCCUUUUGCAGCUGCUAAGGCAGGUGGGAUCAAGGCGAGAGACCAGCUUUGCCCCCCCCCAGCUCCCCUUUCCUGGGCAUGUUUGGGAGGGCAAAGUGGGUUGUGAUGUACCACCAGGAGAGGAGAGGGGGGCUGAUCCUGGCUGUGGUGGGAUGACUUUGAGCAGGGCAGCGGUCCAGGCUGAGACCCAACACCAGUUAUUAUGGGAUGGGAGGAUUGGCAGGGAGGCCUGGCCAUUGUGUGUGCGUGGCAGGAGGUGUUUGUGUGUGUUGGGGUGGGGGUGGAGAGAAAGAGAGAGCGGAGAGGAGUUGCAUAACAUGGGAGGGGUCUUUGGGAAGUUAGUUGCGUGGUGGGAGCGUUGUCAAGAGCGAAGGAAAGUCUUCUGCUCAGCAUUUGGGGUGAGCAAGGUCACUUGUGGGAGGUGCUGUGGGGUAGAGGGUCUGUCUUUCAGAUAUAAGGCCGUGGGCAGGAGCAGAUGAUACUUUGCUGACUUUUGGGAGGGGGCUGCUAAGGAAGGAUGGCAUGGUUGUGUGUAUAUGACUCUGAGUAGUAGUAACGUGAAAAUGCUCCAAAUAUUUCCUAUAUGGGGCAGGUGGGGGGGGAUUCUGCAGGGAGAAGGUGUGUGGAUGAAUUUGGGUUUAAUUAUUCCCCGGUCACACAAGGUAUUAGCAUGGGGACCUGUUCCGAUUGCCAGUUUCAGCCCAAGGGUAUGUAGAGUAACAGCAUGUGCCUCUGAGCGCAUACAGAGUGCCGCUGCUCCACCACUCGGGAACAGAGCACCCACAUCUUCAGCUGAAGGAAUCCAGAGCAGAUAUGGGGGAAAGGUGGGAGAAGAGGAACAUGCUUAGAGGGUUUGAGAUGGGGGCAGCAGCCAUGAAGAGUCUGGCAUAACCUCUCUCUCUCUCGAGGAAGCUUGAAGCCAGGGAGAGCGCCCGGAAUGAUAACAUUAGGAAUGCUGUGUCGAGCCAGUCCUUGAGACUGUUCGUCCAUAGUCUGUUUUUUUCCAGGAAGCCUUUUCUCCCUCCCUUUUUGGUGGGGUGUGGGGAAGAGGAGGGGAUUUGGCCUACGUCCCUGCUUGCCGCCAAGCGGAUGGGUUGCAACUCUUCCACAUUCCUUUGCACCCUGCUCCUGUCUCCAGGCCUCAGAUGAGAAGGGAACUAGGAAGGAUUCCUCCCGAGGUCUCUGAGCAUUCCUCUCCCCGCCCACCAGCUGCACCCAAGCUGGUAGCAGGGGGAGACAUGUGAACAAGGAAGGUGCCUCCCUCUGCAGAACUUGGGGUUCUUUGGGUUUUGCUGCACCCCUUACCUGGGUAGCACAUUAUGGAAAGCCGUUGAGAAACCGUGUUGGCCAUAUUGAACGAGUGAGGAUAUGCCGUUUUCUUACGCUGCCUCACGUUGGGAUAGACGUGUGAGUUUCUUCUCUGGCCUUUGGCACAAUGAAGCACAGACAAACUCGGGAAGCAUCCGAUGAGGUAAACAGAAAUGGAGAGAAGUGUAUCUCAAGAGAUGCUGGAAUGGGUGAAAGCUUAUUAUUAUGCUAGCCCGAUUUGUUUCAGGCCAGCAAGCCUCCUUGAGGGGGCUUAUCUUACACAUUUCUUUAUAAGCUGCUCAGCGAACAUCCGUUUUGAGGGACCUUGCAGGGCAAAACUUGCCUGGUCCUUACGGCAUAACAUCCAGUCCCCAGGACCCUUUCCCCUCUCACUUUUUAUUCCCCACGGUUGCUUCUGCUGUAUAAUUAAAAAUGAAGGCAGAGGACCUCCUCCUCGUGUUAACAUUCACCCGGGGGUCACUUAUUCAGAACGUUGAAGGUGCAAGCCGUACCAUACCGAAGCCUGUACUCUAUCUUAAGUUUUAACGCCUUCAUCUGAUGAAGAGUUCUGUGUUGCUUGAAUGCUUGCUCUCCCAUUCUGUAGAAUGGUGAUGGGGAGCCUGUGACCUUCCAGGUAUUUUUUGGACUCCAUUUCCCAUCAGCCCCAGCCAGCGCAGCCAAUGGCCAGGAAGGAUAGAGUUGUAGUCCGGUGGUGUUAAGAGGGACUUGGGUUCCCCCUUCCUGAUUUACAAUACAGCGUAGUUAAGUGUCAUGACUGACCUUCUGGGGGGGGGGAGCUGGAAGGGAUUCCUGAGGGUCAUCUAUUCCAACCCGCUGCAAUGCAGGAAUACCUAAGCUCUUUUAUUUAUUUCAUUUGUUCUUGAUUUCAUUGGCAAUGGUGUCAGGGGUGGCGUAUGAGCGCUACCCAACCAUUAGUGUAUCCUGCCAAGUGCCUGCCAAAGUGGUGUUUGUGUUUUUUCCAUUUCUGAAUACAGUGGUACCUCGGGUUAAGAACUUAAUUCGUUCUGGAGGGCCGUUCGUAACCUGAAAUUGUUCUUAACCUGAGGUACCACUUUAGCUAAUGGGGCCUCCCACUGCCGCCGCCACAGCGCCACCACACCGUGAUUUUAGUUCUCAUCCUGAAGCAAAGUUCUUAACUCGAGGUACUAUUUCUGAGUUAGCAGAGACUAUAACCUGAAGCAUCUGUAACCCGAGGUACCACUGUACAAUUAUAUGAGGUGAAGGAGCUCAGGGCUGGGAGGUGAGCAGAGAAUUAUGGGACGGGGCAAAAGUAUUGAAUAUGUUGCUACAAGCCUCACACAAGCGAGAAGUAGCAGGUGGGUCUGUGCUUGCGGGAAGGGUCUUUUUUAGGGUUAGAGCUGGGGAAAGACAAUGGGAGCAGGGAGCGUUUUAAGAAUUGCAUUGCAGGGGGUUGGACUUGAUGACCCUUGGGGUUCCCUUCCAACUCUGCAAUUCUGUGAUUCUACAAGGAGACUUCUGAAUUGGUCCAAGGGCCCAUCUGAUCCAACGCCUUGUUCUCACAGUGGCCCUAUAUUUGCUUCUGGGGAACCAGUGAGCAGAACGUGAAUCAUAGAAUCAUAGAGUUGGAGGGUCGUCUAGUUCAACCGCCUGCAAUGCAGGAAUCUUUGGCCCAACGUGGGGUUUGAACCCAUGACCUUUGGAUUAAGAGCCUCAAGCUGUACACAAGAGCACUCUCUCCUGUGGUUUCCAGCAACUGGUGUUAAGAGGCAUUACUCCCUCCCAGCUGUGGAGGCAGAAAAUGGCCAUGGAGCGUACAGCCACCGAUGGGCUUAUUCCCCAUGAACUCGUCUGCUCCUCUUUUAAAGCCAUCCAAGGUGGCGGCUGCCCCUUGUGGAAGUGAAUUCUGCACUGGCGAAGAACUUUCUGCCCUGAAUCUUCCCAGCAUCCAGGUUCAUUGGAUACCCAAGAGUUCUGUCAUUAAAUGUUUAGAAUAUAAUGGAUGCUUUCGCUGAAAUUACUGCAUUGCAUGGGGGUUGGACCAGAUGACUCUAGGGGUCCCUUCCAACUCUAUGAUUCUAUAUGACAUCCUUUAGCUUAAAACAAAACCCCCAGGUUCUCAAAAGCCGGAUGGCUGCAAUAGUGGGGAAGGAGAGGCCAGAUCCUUGGACCAGUGAGAGAGCAGGUAUGGGGGUUUGUCACUCUGGUUCGCUGGAACCUCGGCAGAACGAGCCUCUGCCUGCUCUUGUAACCUUUGCCUCUUGUCUUUCUUUUCUCAGCUCCCUGAGUCCACACCCAGCCUGGAGGGAAUAUGAAACCAGCGAGGAAGGCUGCUGGCUCCUCCUCCUCCUCUAGCAGCAGCAGUAGCAGCAGCCGCUCCCCACCCUCCACUCGGGCAGCCAAGGCCCAGAAGCGCAAGGCCACUGAGGAGGGGCCCAAGCCCGAAAAAGAAGCAGGGGAGGAGUCUCUAGAUCAAGCCCCGCCUUUCCCAGGUGCCCGGUGCCUGCAGCUGCAGAUGGAUCCCGGCCUGCAGGAGUUGGCAGGGACGCCCGAGGACCCCUACAAGCUGCCCGAGGGGGACAGGGACCCAGGGACUGAGGCCUGCGCGGUGGAAGCCUCCCUGAACCGCAAGACGGCCACUUUCAAGUCGCGGGCGCCCUGCAGGAAGUGCCCUGGGGGCGACGAGUCGAACGGCAGCGAAGGCACGGCGGGGCCAGCCGAGGACGAGCCCAGGCGCUGCCCCUCAUCCAGCACUGACACCGCCAGCGAGCACUCUGCGGACGAGAACGACAAGGGGGCGGGGGAUGCCUGGGCCACGGCCCCGAGCGACUAUGACCUGCGGCAGCUGCGCUCGCAGCGGGUGCUGGCCCGGCGUGAAGGGCUCUUUCAGCCAGCCGUAGUGAAGCAGAUCCGCCGCGGGCAGGACUUGGGGGUGCAGUUUGUGGGCGACCGCGUCACGGCAUACUACGAAGGGGCUCUGGGCUCCGGCGCGGUGGACGUGGUCCUGGACGCCACGCCUCCGCCGGGGUCCUUGGCGGUUGGCACACUGGUCUGCGCUUGUGCGGACCCCGAGGAGACGGCCUACCGGGAAGGCACCGUCGUCGAGGUGAGCGCCAAGCCGGCUUCCUACAAAGUUCGCUUUGCCCGCCCCGUCGUCCUCCCUGGCACUGCGGCAGCCCGUAAAGACUCCGCCUGGGUGACGCGCACAGCCCUGCGCCUCUUGCGCCCGCCGUGGAGCUGCGAAGCUGCCCCCGAGGACAGCAAGCCGCCUGAAAAGUCACCUCCAUUGCCGGAAGAAGAGAAGGUCGCCCUGGCCCUCCCGUGCCCAGACCCGAAACAACCAGAAGACGCAGAAGUCUCCAAGAUCAGUGCCUGCGUGCGGGCAGAGGAAAAAUCCGUGGUGGUGCCGCCCCAGAUCCUGUCCCCGCCCAAGUCCCCGGCUUUCCCUCGCCUCCCCGAGCAGCCGUCCCCGCUGCUGAGCCCGGAUGCGAGCGGGAGCCGCAGCAGCAGCGUCAUGUCUGUGGACAAAUGCAGCACCCCGGGCUCGUCUCGCUCCCGGACUCCCCUCACAGCGGCCCAGCAGAAGUACAAGAAGGGGGACGUGGUGUGCACGCCCAACGGCAUCCGCAAGAAGUUCAACGGGAAGCAGUGGCGGCGGCUGUGCUCCCGGGAGGGCUGCAUGAAGGAGUCACAGCGGCGUGGCUACUGCUCCCGCCACCUCUCCAUGCGCACCAAGGAGAUGGAGAGCCUCUCGGAGGGGCGGGCCAGUGGGCUGCGGGAGGGCAGUGCCGAAUUUGACUGGGAUGACACCUCGCGGGACAGCGAGGCCAGCAGCGCGCGGGGGGACUCUCGGCCCCGCCUGGUGCCCCCCGCCGACCUGUCCCGCUUCGAGUUUGAUGAGUGCGAAGCGGCUGUCAUGCUGGUCUCCCUGGGCAGCUCUCGCUCGGGCACCCCUUCCUUCUCGCCCGUCUCCAACCAGUCUCCCUUCUCACCGGCACCCUCUCCCUCUCCUUCUCCCCUCUUCGGCUUCCGCCCAGCCAACUUCAGCCCCAUCAAUGCCUCGCCCGUCAUCCAGAGGGCUGCCGCCCGCAGCCGCCACGUCAGCGCCAGCACGCCGAAGGGUGUCGGCGGUGCCGUGCUGAGCCCUGAGAUGCUGCACCACGCGGCCUCCCGCGAGCGCCACCAUUCGGGCAUCACCUUCCAGACCAACCUCACUUUCACCGUGCCCAUGAGCCCCAGCAAGCGGAAAGCCGGGGACUCUCACCACAGCAGCACGGGCUCGGCAGCCGACUUCCACAAGAACGAGAGCCUCGACUCGGGCGUCGAGUCUGUCUCGCACACACCCACUCCUUCCACACCAGCUGGCUUCCGGGCCGUGUCGCCCGCCGGGGCGGGGCCCUUCUCCUCCCGCUCCCAACAGGCUUCCCCGCUCUUGCUGGUGCCCCCGCCGGCAGGGCUGACCUCCGACCCCAGCCCCACCGUGCGCAGGGUGCCCGCCGUGCAGAGGGACUCGCCCGUCAUCGUGCGGAAUCCCGACGUGCCGCUGCCCUCCAAGUUCACCGAAAAGCCCCUGGAGGGGAGGGUGGGCAGCCCGCGGGCGGGGAAGGCCGGCUCCAAGGAGCAUCUUCCGGGCAAGGGGCAGCUGCAGAUGCCGGUGCCCAUCAACGUGGGCCGGACUCUUCCUUCCAGCCAGCCCUGCGUGGUUUCCGCCUCCGAGCAGGCCCCGCCCAUCUUCAGCGUCUCCUCCCCCUUCCAGCCGGUCGCCUUCCAUCCUUCUCCUGCAGCCCUCCUGCCUGUCAUCGUCCCUGGAGAGUACACCAGCCACCCCACGCCCAAGAAGGAGAUAAUCAUGGGAAGGCCUGGGACAGGUGAGUUGGGCUGGUUGCUUAGUUUGUUUUUGUCUUCUGGCACAGUUUUCAAUCCGUGUGUGGACUGCAUUUGUUGGUUCCCAAGAUUCAUUCCGUAGAUGUUAGGCCCUAUGCAUAUACCUGCUUUGAAUCCUCUCUGACUUGGCACUGUUUUCUUCUUUGCACCGAGAGAGGCUGCGUCUCUGUUUCGGAAAGAGAGUGGGGAUCUUGUGUUUUGUAUGGCCUAGUGGCCGAGAGAGUUUACUUUGGAUCUAGGCCCUGGAGAUCUGAUUUCAGCAGCCACUGCUGCCCUGCUGCUGUUAGCAAGUACUCCUUUUUUGGGCAGCGGCAGCAAUAGCGUCCUGCUCUCCAGGGUUGUUGUGAAAGCAAGGGCAUUCAGGACUGUGAAGGACAUUGUGAAUUGAAAGUGCUCCAUGAGUUGUAGGUGCAAAGAGGUAUUUCACUCAGUGCUGUUCGGAAGCAGGAAAUGUACGCUGGCUUUGAGGCUGCAUCUAGGAGGGAGUUUGAAAGUGUCCACAUAGUUCAUCUGAGGAUAGUGUUUUUCUUCAGCUCUGUGCAGCCAACCUGGUGCGGAUGUGAUUCAAACAUGACAAUGAAGGGAAGGCGAAAGGUUUUUUGGUGCUCCAUUUUGGGUUUGUACCCUAACCUCCUCUUAAUAGCUGGUGCAAUGUUAGAGACUCAGAUAUGUAAACUAGGCUCCAAAUGGCUCCUUAAGCCAAGGUUACAGUCGAGAAAAUGGAACGUCUAGUUGCCAUUUUUGGGCAAGUCUUAUUUUUCAAAGGAUGGACUGAAUGUGGUUGAUUUUCAGUUAAACGUCUGGCUAUUUCAGAUGACAACCUUGAGCUUUGUUAAGAACUUUGAGAACUUAAAGAAGGAAAGUCACUUGAUCCAGUGACAGUCCACAUAUAUAUUGGCCUAUUCCGACCUCUCUCUUUUUAUGGACCAUUCAUAAUGUAGGAAUAUUCUUCACAACUGUGAAUGUGAGCAGGGCAGUGGGGUGGGGUAAGUGAAGACAACCGACAACAAUUAACUAUGACGUUGUUCGCUGCUCCUGCUCAGGCUGCACAGAAACAGCAUUGGGGUUCCAGAAAUUCACCCUGACCUCGCAGAUAAAAUAUAACUGAUAGAAUUCUCCAGGAUGUGGUAUUAGUGCGUGAAAACAGUCCGGAUCCAAUGAUCCCCAGGCAUGCACCUCCAGAUGGUGGAUAUGUCAGGCCCUAUCCUGGCCCCUAGGCCUCUUCACUUAGCUGCAGGUGGCCGAUAGCCAGGUGCAAAAUGCUCCUGGCGCCUGGCUAAUUUCAAACACUGAGCUGGCGGCAAGAUUUUCGUGAGAGUCCUGCCGCUUCAGGCCAAAGGUCAUGAGAGCAGAAGAAGGAGCCCUGCAGGAUCAGGCCCAUGACCCAUCUAGUGCAGCAUCUUGUUCUCAUAGUGGCCAACCUGAUGUGUGGGGGACACCAGCAAGCGGGGGCCGAGCCCUCUCCCCUCUUGCGAUUUCCAGCAACUACUGUUAUCCAAAGGCAAUGCGGCCUCCAACCGUGGAGGCAAAACACAGCCAUCCUGGCAAUAAAGUUGUUGGCCCCAAGUUGUUGGCCAUCGCUGCAAGUUCCAUGGUUAGACUCUGUGCUGUGUGAACAAGUUAUUUCUUCAAUCAAUGUCAAUCAUGCUCAAGAGAAGACUCAUUGAAUUGGAUGACCGUGACUGGCUUGCUUUCUGCUGCUCCGAAGGGUAGGACCCGGACCAAUGGAUUCAAAUUACAAGAAAGGAGAUCCCGACUAAACAUUAGGAAGAACUUUCUGUUGCUAACAGCUGUUUGACAGUGGGACAGUUGUGGACUCUCCUUCAUUGGAGGUUUUUGAGCAGAGGUUAGACAGCCAUCUGUCAGGCAUGCUUUAGCUGUGGGUCCUGUGUUGUAAGAUGUUGAACUAAAUGACUCUUGGGAUUCCUUCCAACUCUGAUUCCAUGACUACCUUGGGCCCAUUUUCAGUGGGUCCACUCUGAGGGAGAACCCGCUUGGCUCCAACUUGCCAUUUUAAAGUGCUUUUAUUUCCCCACGCAGAAUUUUCUGUUUCAUAAGCGCAUUAGCAACACCGGAGAGAUGCUGGUUCCCAAUGUAUAAUGCUAGGCGAGCACGGCAGUUUCCAACGGUUUAGCUUUGCUUACUAAAUAUAGGUAAAACGAACAUGCUCAAUUAGGUCGCUCUCCGGGGCAUAAGAAAAUUUCCUGAUGCGAACUGAAUUUUUCCUGAUGCAAAGGAAGAAUUUCUGGUUCAGGUUUCCCUAGGAAACCCGAAUCCCUUGCUGUCAGCCUAUUUCUGUGUAAACUCUGUAAUUAAAAGUGCACCACUGGGGUAAUCUUUACACCCCCCCCCAAGAAGUCUGGGUUAGGGUUAAAUAUCUACUCACGUAUGGUGAAUAGAAAUUGUCUCCGGGCAGGGAAGCGUUUGUAAACCGGAAGGGAGUUGGUUCUAUCCCCCCCCCCCCGUUUUCCUUUCAGGCCAGCUGUGUACCACUACUGACUGAGGUAUGUGUUAGGAGGUUAUUUAUUAAAAUAUUCCUAACCCACCCUGUAUUGGUUGGUCUCGGAGCAGGAUAUAACAAUAAGGCAAUCCUAGGUGGGCUAGCAAUUUUUGCGGGGGUGCUUUUAAGACUGCUGUGUAGAUCAUCCAGCAUAGACAUGCUGGAUUAAUACCACUCCACACAGAUACUCAGAAGUGUUGGCAUUUUAGAACUUGAUCUUAUUGAUAGCAAAGGGCUUUAGAAUUUGUAGGAAGGGUUCCAUCUGCACUAGGGCUGGGCGAUAUCUGGUUUUUACAUCACAAUAUAUCACCAGUUAAACAUGGUGAUAUACCAAUGUAUCACAAUGUCUGAAAUGAGGAUGAAGCUAUGUAGAGGCCUUGGCUGGCUUCACGCGUUCCCCCACAUUGUGAUUUUUGCAUAGCUCACACAUACAUAUAACAAUUCGCAAUAUAUUGCCAGGUCAAAAAUUACCAGACCAAUAUCACAAUAUGGACUUCAAACCGGUUUUGGAUGGGACAACGAUAUAUUGCCCAGCUCUGCUAUGCAUUUCAAUGAGUGUCAUGCAACUUUAAACAGUCAUUUAAACAGCUUUAAACAAUCCUAGGCCUGUUGUUGUUCAACAUCUUUAUAAAUGACUUGGUUGAAGGAAUUGAGGGGAUGCUCAUCAGAUUUGCAGAUGACACCAAACUGGGAAGGGUAGCUAAUGCCACAGAAGACAGAAUCAGAAUUCAAAAUGACCUUAGCAGAUUGGAGAACUGGGCGCAAGCUAAGAAAAUGAAUUUCAUUGGGGGGCAAAUGCAAGGUUCUGCCCUUAGGUAGGAAGAACCAGGUGCACAAAUAUAGAAUAGGGGACACCUGACUUAAUGCAAUACAUGUGAAAAGGAUCUAGGGGUCUUGGUGGACCACAAGCUGAACAUGAGUCAACAGUGUGAUGCAGCAGCAAAAAAAAGCUAACGCUAUUCUAGGCUGCAUCAGCAGAAGUAUAGUGUCCAGGUCAAGGGAAGUAAUAGAACCACUCUAUUCUGCCUUGAGGGAUGCGGGUGGCACUGGGGACGCGGGUGGCGCUGUGGGUUAAACCACAGAGCCUAGGACUUGCCAAUCAGAAGGUCGGCGGUUCGAAUCCCCGCAACGGGGUGAGCUCCCAUUGCUCAGUCCCAGCUCCUGCCAACCUAGCAGUUCGAAAGCACGUCAAAGUGCAAAUAGAUAAAUAGGUACCACUCUGGUGGGAAGGUAAACGGCGUUUCCGUGCGCUGCUCUGGUUCGCCAGAAGCGGCUUAGUCAUGCUGGCCACAUGACCUGGAAGCUGUACGCCGGCUCCCUCGGCCAAUAAAGCGAGAUGAGCACCGAAACCCCAGAGUUGGUCACGACUGGACCUAAUGGUCAGGGGUCCCUUUACCUUUCUAUUCUGCGUUAGUCAGACCACACUUGGAAUACUGUGUCCAGUUCUGGGCACCAGAAUUUAAGAAGGAUGUUGACAAGGUGGAACAUGUGCAGAGGAAGGCAACCAAGAUGAUCAGGGGUCUGGAAACUAAGCCUUAUGAGAAGUGCUUGAAGGAGCUGGGUAUGUUUAGCCAGGGAAAGAGGAGUCAGAGAGGAGAUAUGAUAGCCAUCUUAAAGGCUUUCAAAUGGAAUAGGGAGCAUGCUUGUUUUCUCCUGCUCUUGACUCGAGGACGUGGCUUCAAGUUAUAAGAAACUUUAGGGUUGCCAUAUGUUCGGAAUUUCCCGGGCCUACCCGGAAUACUGCAGUUGGAAGCAGUGUCCGGGCGGAAAUUGGCAAAAUGUCCGGGAAAAUCUGGACAUACGGCAGCCCAUGCCAGCAGUGUCAUUUUUGCCGAUUUCCCUUAAAAAUCAGUUUUUGAAAUAUGGCAACCCUACAAGAAAGGAAGUUCUGACUAAACAUUCGGGAAAACAUUCUGACAGUCAGAGCUAAUCGGCAGUGGAACAGACUCCCACGAGGGGUGGUGGACUCCCCUUAUUUGGAGAUUUUUAAGCAAAGUUCAGGUGGCCAUCUGUUAUGCAUGAUCUGGUUGAGAUUCCUGCAUUGCGAGGGGCUGGACAUGAUGACCCCUUGGGCAGUGUUAGAAACUGAGAUAUGAAAUCCAGGAGCUAAAUGGGACCUUCAGCCUAGGUUAUGGAUGCAACAACAAAAUGUCUAGGUGUGCUUUUUUGUAACAAAAAUACAAAGCUGAAAAUGAGGGAACUGCAGCUAAACUAUUAUGCUCAUUUUUCACACGGUCUAGUCCUUCCCCUGCCCACCCCCUAAUACUCUUAAAAGGGUCUCUUCUCCAGUCUUCAGAGAGUAGCUGGAAGUGGGGAGGCAGAAAAAGGUCCCCCGUUCCUUCCUUUCUGCAGUUUUAAUCUCCAAUCUUAGGCGCAGUACUGCGCCCAGAGCUCAGAAGCUGCUUGUGCUGAUGAAAGUUUCGAACCCUGCCCAUGGGUCCCUUCCAGCUCUAAGAUUUUAUGGCUUCCCCCAAAGAAUCCUGGGAGCUGUAGUUUAUUUAGGGUAUUGAAGGUGGUUAGGAGACCCCAAUUCCCCUCACAGAGCUACAGUUCCCAGAAUGAUGCUGCUUUAAAUAGGGAGUGCAGAUGGGGCUUUAGUGUGCAGAAUGAAUAUGGAGGCAGUUCUGGGGAGACCCAGGGCUGUGACCCUGCACCCACCCCCCUGAUUCCUUCACUGCAGCUAGUCAUGCCUGCUGCACCAUCCCGUUCUUGACCCUGAGACACCCGGGUUGAAGCAUUUGCCGCAGCCAAGAGACCAUGACUUUUCUUUAUUAGACAUUGGACUCAUUCCCACAUGCAGGUAGAUACAGUUUGCGACAUGGCUGAACACGUGUCCAGGUGUCGCGGUACGUUUGCCCAUCCAUCCAUGUGUGGACAAGGCUUCUCACUUGGAUUUGCCAUUAAUAUAACUGCUGGUACCCAUAGGAACGACCAGUUGCACACUAGUCUGUGUUUUGUGUAUCGUCCAUGCGCAAGACUGCUGAAGCAUCACAUGAUGCUUGCAUGAGUGAGUGGAGAAAGAGGAACAUACACGGAACGGCUGGCUGACUGCAGUUUGCCCCCGACCCCAGCCACUGUUCUGUACCAUAAGAAGCCUCUUUUCUCCCCCUGGUGGCUGCUGUCACCAAAAUCAUAAUGUGAGACCCAAACUCCAUACCACUGGGUACUUCUGAGCAGUGUUAGAAACUCAGAUAUAUAAGCUAGAAGCCAAAUGGCUCAUUAAACCAAGGUUGCUGUCGCCAAAAGGGAACGUCUAGUUGCCAUUUUUGGGCAAGAUGGCUCUAAAGUCAUUUUUUUCCAGAUGAUGGACUGACUGUGAUUUAUUCUCAUCUGUCUGGUUCAGACGAGCUAAGUUAAAAGCUUUGAGAACUUAAAGAAAAGUCCCUUGCUCCAGGAACGGUCCACAUGUAUAUUGGCUUAUUCCAACCUCUUUCUCUUAAUGGCAACUGCUCCUGCUCGGGCUGCAUAGAAAAAAAACUAUUGGUUUCCAGAAAUUCAUUCCGAUUGUGCAGAUGAAAUAUGACUGGGUGGGGUUUUAGUGGAUGAAAACAGUCCAGAUCCAAUGAUCGAUCCCCAGAUGGUGGAGAUGUCAGGCACCAUCCUGGCACCCAGGCAUCUUCACUUGGUCACAAGUGGUCGAAAGCCAGGCACAAAAGAGAGCCAGUGUGGUGUAGUGGUUAAGAGCGGUAGUCUCAUAAUCUGGGGAACCGGGUUCGCAUCUCUGCUCCUCCACAUGCAGCUGCUGGGUGACCUUGGGCUAGUCACACUUCUUCUCUGAAGUCUCUCAGCCCCACUCACCUCACAGAGUGUUUGUUGUGGGGGAGGAAGGGAAAGGAGAAUGUUAGCCGCUUUGAGACUCCUUUGGGUAGUGAUAAAGUGGGAUAUCAAAUCCAAACUCUUCUCUUCUGGCCCCUGGCUAAUUUCAAACACUGCCUCUGAGCCCAUCCCUUUCACCCCUGGGAGAGACCUUUUGGGGUGGAUAAGAAUGCAUGCUUGUGCUUUGCCAGUUUUCUGCACCCAACUAGACACACUCUUUGGGGACUCUGAGAUCAGGCGGUUACAUUUGAGAUUUGCUUUCUGGGGCCCUCAUUUUGGCAGUGGUGAUGGGCAGGUUCUGGAGCUCUGUGUGUCCAGGACACCGUGGCUCACGGUUGCUCAGGUCUGUGCACAUCCUGCUCUGGGGUGCUAGGACAUAUGAAGGGAAGAGUGCACCUGGGACAGAGGUGAGGACUCAAGCAUGCAAGGUAAGGGAGAGCAUGGCAUGUGCUUCUCCCAUUCCCAAGGCACUGGCUCCAUCUCCCUGCAGCAUCACAACUGCAGUUUGCUGUCUCUCGGCAACUGGUAACCAAGGCUACCAUCUCCCUGCUGCUCGCCCGGAGCCCCAUCUCUAUUUUUAUCAGCAACGGGAGAGACCAGAUCCAGAUUUAGGGGAGUUGUACAUUUGUGCAUAUGGCUUGGGGCUUAGGUGCAUUUUGCGCGUACUGCAGUAGUGCCGGCUCCCUAACUCCCACACCCUCACAUGCGAUGGGUUUAUUUGUGUACUCGCACUGAGCGUGGGCAUGCUUGCGCAGUUGUGUGCACAGGCAUAUCCAUCGCAUGCACACGUGUGUUCUGCAAUUGCACCGUGCACGUAUUUCCCUGUGGCGCCGCUCGAGCAAACCUUGGGGUAUGUUCGCACUUCCUCUGAAAGUGCGAAUUUCAUGCUUGCAAGCUGGCGUUCCACACCUGUCUUGUGCUUUUAUAAAAGGAAACCAUCAUUCUGUGGAAAGCGAUCAGGCUUGGCAGACUUGCAUGUGGGAGGGAAACUACAAAACGAUCCUGUGGCAUCUUAAACACUAACCCAUUUAUUAGAGUACAGUGGUACCUCGGGUUAAGUACUUAAUUCGUUCCGGAGGUCUGUACUUAACCUGAAACUGUUCUUAACCUGAAGCACCACUUUAGCUAAUGGGGCCUCCUGCUGCUGCCGCGCCGCCGGAGCAUGAUUUCUGUUCUCAACCUGAAGCAAAGUUCUUAACCUGAAGCACUAUUUCUGGGUUAGCAGAGUCUGUAACCUGAAGCAUAUGUAACCUGAAGCAUAUGUAACCUGAGGUACCACUGUAUGACCUUUCGUGGACUAGAGUCCACUGUAUGCAGUAAUCCAUGAAAGCUUAUACCACAAUAGAUUCAUUAGUGUUUUAAGGGUUGUCAGACAUUUUUGGGUUUUUUUUGGCUGCAACAAGUUAGUUUAUUUUAUAUCCCACCUUUGCUCAAGGGGGCAUACAUUUUUUCCUGUGAGUUAGGCUAGGCUGGAAGACAGUAACUGGCCAAAGGUCACCCAAUGAGCUUAAUGGCGGAGUGGGGAUUUGAACCUGGUCUCUCAGGCCCUAGUCCUGGGACACUCUAACCCAGCUUGUUUUGGACUACAACUCCCAUCAUCCUUAGCUAGCAGGACCCAGUAGUCAGGGAUGAUGGGAACGAUAGUCCAAAAACAGCUGGAGUCCCAAGUUUGGGAAACCCUGCUCUAACCACUACACCACACUGGCUAAAACCACCCCCCCUCUGGAUGUUCUUGCAAUGUGAGUCCGAGAGGCUUUUCAUGCUUUAUUCGCCAGCCUGGAUUCACCAGUGCUCAUCAUGAUAAACGUGCAAAGCAUGGCUGGGAGGGAUGUGGACUCUGACAUGCAUUAGACGUGCAGCAGGCUCUGGCUGUCUGACGCAGCUCUCUGUAAUGUUUGGAGUAGGACCAACCAUAGCUCAGUGUCAGAGAACAUGCUUUGUACCUAAGAAAGUAUUUGGUGCAACAACUGACAUCCUCAGGUAAAAUAACAUGGAUCAGGUAGCAGCAGGUUAUGGGAAAGACCCCAGGUAGCAUGAGAGUUUCAGGACACAGGUCUCCUUUUCCUCUUCCACUGCAUCAGACAUUAGUGGAACUCUGAUGCCCUGGCUUGUUGUAUAAGGUGUGAUGUGUGUCUUUCUCCCUAUUAUGUAAUGCAGCGUGUACCUAGUUCCAGCACUGAAUACCUGCUCUUACACAAUUCCGGAUGUUCCCUACACCCUGGAAAGUGCCAGGAUAUUAGUAUGGUAAAUGAUUGUGCUCCCGACAGAGGACAGUGCCGAAAGCACGCCAGCAAGCCAGUUGUAUAACACACCCUGCUACAGCCAGGAUGCAAAACUCCCCAUGCAGCAGGGGCCAGUGUGUGCACACAGCCUACUGCUGUGUGGGAAAUCCAGAUGGGAACAGAUGGCAGCAGGCAUCUGCGGUUGCCCUCUUCGCAGCUUUGCAUGUGAGCACAAGAACGCAGCUUUUCCCCUACAGUGACUGGUGUUGUAUUUGUAUCAACACAGUACUAGGUCGACAAAUGUUUAAUGGCUAGUGGUCACUGGGGGUGGUCAACCUGUGUCUGAGUCGUACCAUUUUUGACUCAGGCAGUGACUCAGAUGAUUGAAUAAUCUUCCACUUAACUGUGAUCAAUAUCCCUCCAUGCCGUUUACUAGCAUGUUGAGGAGUAAGGCUCUUGCCUCAACUUCUCUCCCCCCCCCCCCCCGAAGUUCAGUUUUCUAUGUGGAAUGCAUGUUUUUUGUAUGGAAGAGCAUUGAGUCAUGCGCAUCUUUAGGCCUGAAGUGGUUUAGCCCGGCUAUGGGAUGACCACACUGAGUGACGGCUUAGCCUCAGUCAGGGCAGGACAGGAAUUAAGCUAGAAGCAUAUUCGCCUUGAAAAAGGUGGACAAUCCCCGUCUCCCUCCGGAGAUGGUGGAGUCCUUGAUUCGAAGUUUUUAAGCAGAGGUUGGAUGGCCAUCUGCCAUGGAUGCAUUAGUUGAGAUUCCUUCUUUGCAGGGAGUUGCAGCAGUUGACCUUCAGGGUCCCUUCCAGCUCUAUGAUUCUAUGAUUCCUCAUCUUCCCGUGAAAAAAGGAGGCCUUCAUUUCUAGCAGCGUGUUCCUGUGUCACCAAACAUGAGCUUUUGCAUGUGAGAGAAUGUAUUUCUCUACAGAGAGCGAGUGUGGGCACUGCAGAAGCAAGACACACACAUCAGUGAAACUUCUAAUGUUGCUUGCUUGCAUUUAUGCGGAUGAGAACUAGAAAGGCUCUGCGUUCUGGGAUAGAUCCCUUUAUGUGGCCCUGAACUCCUUGGAGGAAGUAUGGAUUGUCCGGGAUCUGGUGGCCAACGCUUAGGUCCAUUUAAUCUGGAGGCCCUCUGCAUUCCUUUUAGACGGAUAGGAUGGUUGCUGUAAGUUGCCCCUCCCUUUAAGCCACCUUGAAGUAAGGAACUUAAAAUACAGCUUUUAUUUCUGUCGUUCACGGAGAGAGGUAUAUCUGGGUUUUGAGUGUCAUGUGCCUUCUGUUCUGCGAAUAUAUUUUCCUCCCUCUGUGCUACCUUCUGUCCUUUGCACUCGGCGGACAUAAAAUGCGCUCGCCGGCAAGAGAGAGAAGGCGGGGUGUGUGUGUGUGUUGCCCUUGGGCUGCAGAGUUUGCAGGCAGAAAGUUCUGCUGGCUCCUGCGUUGCGUGAGGCAGCGGGUCUGCAUGCAGCAUGCGUGGCUGUGUCAGGGCAGAAGCAUGAGGAAGGCUAGGCUCCUAUGAGUUAUCUGCAUGUGAGUCGAUGUGCAUUGCAGAGUGAGCGUGGGUGGCGCUUUUUCUGUGCAAUUGUUUUUCUCUCCCCCCCCCCGGCCCCAGCGUCAUGGUCAGUCUUCCCUUCCACCCCGCCCUUGGCGUAAGGCAGUGCGUGCUGGGAGUGGUGUGUUUGUGUCCUCUCCUUCUCACCCCCCCCCAAUUCCCUCAACAAUGGGAUCCUCGCCCAGACCUGGCCUUGUGCCCAGAUCUAGUGUGUGUGUGCUUGUGUAUUGGUGUGUGUGUCUGUGAUGGGGGGGGUGUUCCUACGUGUCUCCUUACUUCACCUCAUAGCCUAUUGGCUGCCUGCUGGGGGAAAGAGGCUGGCUACAACCCACCCACCCCCAGCUGUGAGCAGAGGCAGCAUUGAGUCAGUCUUGCGGGGGAAGGGGCUGUGGUACUCAGGGACGGGAAGGGGCUAAGGGAGGAGGCGAGUGUGAGUCAUAGGGAGGCAAGCGGAGGCAGCUCUGUGGAAGAGGAGGCACGCAGGGGGGGGGGUGCCCUGGAGUGCACGACACUCGGGGUUCACUGCCUCUCUGCCCCCCCCUCGCCCACACUCCUUUUUCCCGCCACCCUGCCCCAGGGAGGAUAGAUUAUCCCAGGAAUGCGUCUGUGCUGCAAGCUCUUAAUCCCCAGCCGCACUGGGCUGCCUGCCAGCAGAAGCAGCUUCAGUGCAUAUGUGUGAGUAGUAUGAUAGGAGUGACUUUAAUAUAAAGACACGUAUGUAUCUGGGAGCGUGACCGUGAUGCACUCAUCUUAACGGGUCUCCAUUAGCCUGCAUGCUUAGCUGGGCUCGCGCCCAUGUGCCCCAUUCAGGUGUUACACAAGGAUGCAUUUAAUCCCACAUGUGGGUCUGUCCAUGCAUAUGGCUAGCCAGGCGUGCACCUUAUCAAGGGUAUGCCCAGGCUCAGAGGUGGUGACUGGUCCAAGGUCACGCCAAGCCAGAUUCACCUCUUGAGCAAGGAUUUGAACCCUGGUCUCUCCCAGGUCCUAGACCGUUGUGCGCUAAAUCAGUAAGCGGGGGGGGGGGGGGAGGCAAACACCACAAAUCUUGCACAGCUUUCCUUAAUAUCCCCUCCCUACUUUGUUUUGUCUUAAAAACAAAACACCAGCCCUACUUGUUUCCUCUUUUUUCUUACUCUUGACCUGGUUGGCCCCGUCACCACUUCCUGCCCAUCCUUACCCACCCCCAUCUUCCCUUUUAUUGCCCGUCCUCUUCCCCCGCUUCCCCCUUUGCCCCCACCCUUAUUUCCCCCCUUCCUCCCUAUGCCCCCUACUCUCAUUUCCCCCUUUGCCCCCACUCAUUUCCAUACCCCUCCACCCCCCAGGAUUUAUGAAGGGUAUGCUGGUGUGUAUGUGUGUGUCCACGUCUAUGCAUCUGUUCGAUGUGGUGCCCCCUCACAGGCAUCUGCCAGGGCAUGUGUGGCCACAGCAUGAUCCAAGCAGGUGCCCACAUGGGCGCAAAGUGGGUGGGGAAGGGGCAUAUGGGGUGUAUCAUGUAUGCACUGCAUUUACACUCCACCUUUCUCCCCAAGGAGAUCAAGGUAGGGUACCUGGUUCUCUCUCUCUCCCCCCCCUCCCCACAUCCUUCAUUUAAUCCCCACAACAACCCUAGGAGGUAGCCCAGGCUCAGAGGUGGUGACUGGUCCAAGGUCAUGCCAAGCCAGCUUCACCUCUUGAGCAAGGAUUUGAACCCUGGUCUCUCCCAGGUGCUAGACUUUUGUGCGCUGAGUCAAUAAGCGCGGGGGACGGACCCAAACACCACAAAUCUUGCACAGCUUUCCUUAAUAUCCCCUCCCUACUUUGUUUUGUCUUAAAAACAAAACAAAACUGCACCAGCCCUAUUUGUUUCCUCUUUUUUCUCACUCUUGACCUGGUUGGCCCCGUCAUUACUUCCUGCCCAUCCUUACCCACCCCCAUCUUCCCUUUUAUUGCCCGUCCUCUUCCCCCGCUUCCCCCUUUGCCCCCACCCUUAUUUACCCCCUUCCUCCCUAUGCCCCCUACUCUCAUUUCCCCCUUUGCCCCCACCCCUCCACCCUUUGCCCCCACUCAUUUCCAUACCCCUCCACCCCCAAGGAUUUCCCCACCUUCUCGCGCCCCCCUGCCCCCCUUAUCACGCCUCUCUUGCCCCCUCUCCCCUCAUUUCGCCUCCCUUUUUCUCUCCUCCGCUCCCCCCUCUCCCCGGGCGUGGUCUCUCCCUCUCUCCCUGGGUUCCGACGGGCGGGCCUGAGGCGGCGGUAGAGUACAAGAGAGAAGACGGGGGGGGGGGAGAGGCGGGAGAAGAGGAGGAGGAGGAGAAGGCGACUGGUAGUAAACCACGGCCAAUGGGAAUCCCUCUCACCCCCCCCACCUCUCUCUCCCGCCCCGCGAUCCGUUCCUUCACCCCCACACCACCCUCGCGGCGGCUCGCGGAUUUGCAUAUGACUGACAUUCCAGGGGCGGCCAAUGGGCGGCCGCGGUGCGUGCGGCAGGGAGGGGUGCUUAUUUGCAUGUGAAUGACCCAGCGCGGCGGCAGCCAAUGGCGCGGCGGGGGCUAAUUGGGCAUGCGUGACGACGGCAGUCUGUGUGAGUGUGUGUGAGGGAGAGAGAGCGAGUGAGUGAGGAGGAGGAGGGAGCGGGCGAGGAGAGCGAGCGAGAGGAGGGCGGUUCGGGCGAGGGGGCCGCCCUUGUUCGUAGCCCAGAGCGGCCGGGAGAGGGAGGAGGAGGCGGGCAGGCAGUGAAUGGUGUUUGGUUACAACGUUACAACCGGAGGGGACGGCGCGACAGGCGGAGCAGCAGCAGCGACAGCCUCCUCCCUCCCUCCGUCUCCGUCAAGACGCUCCGCGACAAGCAACCGCCCGCCUGUCGCCGACAGUGGCUGCGAGGAGGAGGAAGGGGAGGCGGGCAGACGGGAAUAGGCGGACAACUCGCGACCUCUCCCCUUCCCCUCCCUCUCCUCCCCUCCCCCCCCGUCUCUUCCUGCCUUCCCAAUGCGCGCACACCGUAAUCCUGCCAGGCGACAGCCUCUGGCCGGGGAUCGGGGCAGGCGGUGUGGGCGCUCUCUCUCUCCGCCCCCCUUCCAACCCCUCUCCUUCCUACCCACCCGCUUUCAUCGCUGAGGUGCUAAAGUGCCCUUGCAUACUCGCACACACCCACCUCUAGAAACUGCACCUCAAAGCAGCCUGUAUUUCCUUCCCUCCCUCCCUCUCUUUCUCUCCCACCAGCACCUUCCUCUCAACGCUGCUGGACCCACACGCCCCUCUCUUUUUGCACACACUGCCAGAGCAGCCGGCUUGGCACAUGGGUGCGCGCGCACACACGCCAUCGCCACACGGCUACCUACCUCGCCUCCCUCUGCUCCCCCACCCUAAGAUGUUUCCUAACUUACCCCAUGCCGACUGCCGGACACGCUGCUGCGCCUGUGAGGAGGACCAGAGCAGACCGUAGGAGAAGAGUGUUGCCCCUCCUGCUGCUGCUGCUGUUGCACAUGGGCGGCAGUGCGGUGGUGAGCCUUCAGACUGUUGACAUCCAGCUGGCCUUCGCCCCGCAUGGGACUUUCUAAGGUGGCCCUCUGCCGUGGAGGGGAACUGGCUUGCUGACCCAGCGCGCACCCAAAGCUGCAGACUUCACUUGGCCUGUUAAAGAGACCACCCCCCCCACGCCUCCCUCCCCAGGGCAAGGGCAGGGGGAGAAUGCUCUCCGGACUGGGCAGUUGAGAGACACGUGGUCCACCUGCCCUCAGGACAACGGCUCAACACGCCUUGGGAUGUUCUCCACAGAAAGACCCCCGUCAGCGUUGCCCCCUCUGCCGCACAGGGGGCUAGGCAUGUUCGGUCAGUGAAUUCUGGGUUGCAGAGUGGUAAUUCUGAAAGGUGGAUAUGUUUGUUUAUGGAGACAUGCAAGGCACGCCUUGGUCUUCUCUCAUACUCUCUUCAUGCUGGAAAGAUGGGUGAUUUGGAAGAUAUAGUUGACCUGAAGCUGACCUUUAACCUUUCUUGUGUCGCAAGAGAUUGAGGGUGUCUUCCAUUUCAUACUAAGAUGACUGUAGAGGUGAAAUCUGCAGGAUGGAAGGGGGCGUGGGUUCCUUGAUAUUUCCAUUUCAUUCACAUAGUCCCCUUUUAAGUUCAGGAGGUCAGUUGGCUGCAGAUGGGGAAUGGUAUUCGAAGUUUCCCUCUUCCCCUUCCCUGACUACAAUUUCUAUUCCUUGUCUUAAGACGAGGAGCAAAUGUUGGAUAUUUGAAUUUGCAGUAUUGUGUUUGGUGGUCCAUUAUGCUAGCAGCAGCUUGGCACCCAGGUGAACUUUUUCUUGGAGUUGGAGAUGUUGCAGGUGACAGAACAGCAGCCUUUUUUUCAGCAUUUCUGGAUGCAGUAAAAAGACACAGCAGCCUGUGGUAAAGGUGGCAACCCUGACUGAGUUUUGUCUGAAGCCCCUCCCUAUGGGCACUCCUCCCCUCUCCUCCCCACCCCUUUAUUAGCAUCCUCUGUAGAAAGGUGAUUGGAGAAGAUUCCAUGUGUUGCUGUUUUCAUGCUUUCAGUUCUUUUAAUUUGCAUGUCAUGUCUUGCAUCCAUGCCAGCUCAGUGAACUUGCUUGCUUUGUCUCCACCUCUGUAGAUGAGAAAUCGUGGCUUAGAGAAUGGUGGUGGGCUUGCGGUUGGUUUAUGAAACUGGAUUUCUUGUCCUGUUCUCUGUGUUGGAUGGGGGCAUCUUGGGGGUCAGGAAAGGACGCGGGAUGCCAUGAUUCCACAUGGUGCCGCUUCAGACGAGCCCUGUUCUUUGUCACGUGUGUUGUAGUUUUUCUCGAUGGACAGCAGCUUCAAUCUUGGAAGCUAAAUCAGUAAUCUUUACUUGGGGGUGGGUGGGGGCAGCCUCCAGUCGUGACAUUUUAAGAGCCUUGUUGCUUUGCUGGGACCGGAGGGAGGGUCUUACUAUUUUGUGCCCUUCCUUCUGCUGUCGCCCCCCUCCCUUCUCAUCCUCCCCCUCCGCAUAGGGAUGUGGUCACCAGCCGGAGGACAGGAAGCCACUGAGCCAGCAUUUCCCGGCACAGUCCAACCACGAUGCACUGAGUGCUUUUAAUAAUUGAGUUAACUUUACACGCAGGCACAGGAGCGAUGUGACUGAUCCAUCAGGGGAUGCAAAGGAAGGAAGAGAGAGAGAGGAAUGAUGGGAAAGGGGCUUAGCAGUGGGAAUAGAACUAUCCUUUUCUUUCUGGAAAGCAGAGGCCCCCCCCCCUUCUGUUAUGAUUUUAGCAUUUUUCUUAUCAAACAAGUACAUCCAUUUUUUUUAAAACCCCAAACCGUAAGUAAAAUCCAAAUAAAACCAAAAGCCCUCAGCCUGCAAAGGAAUGAUGAGCAAUGCAGGGACAUGGGAAACUUUAUAUACCAGGACAGAUUAUUUGUCCAUCUGGCUCAGCAUUGCCUACUUUGGCUGGCAGCAGCACCCCAGGGUUGUCUGGUAGAGGCGUUUCCCGACCUGACCUUUUUAGCUGGGGAUGCCAGGGAUCAAACCUGUGGCCUUCUGUGUAUUAUUCCACCAAAGUAUAGUCAAAACUAAGUAUGAAUUGGUUUUCUGGUAGGUAUGUUAUUGCUUGUGGAGUGCUGAGCACUUAAGAACGCAGGUGACCCUGAGCAGCAGUUGCUUCAUGGGGAUGAGGGUAGCAUAAAGUAUGUUAGGUUGUGCUGUAAGUUUGUGCUGCUGUUUAGAAUCAACACUACUCACUCCACAGAAUUAAACCUGAGGCAUCUUUGUGCACAGCUGAUUAGCAUGUAGUUUUCCAGUUAUGCAUGUCAGCUGUGUUUUGUAGAGGCUGUUCGUGGGAUGGUGGUAGAGGUGGCACUAAUUUUGUGUUUGAUGCUGAAACAGAGAGCCCUGCUGCUGCCACUGUAUGACUGAAGUUGAUCUAGGUAGCCCUGCAAUGUGUCCUGGGUUGUUUCCUGUAAAAAACAACAACACAUGAUGUGGUUUGUUGCAGUGGUGCAAGGCUCUGGUUUAGUCACCCUGGUUUAGUUAAGCUGUAGUGGACACUGUGAGUCCACGUGCCAUAGAGCUGAGAGUGUCCUGUAGAGGUGUUUACACAAUAUUUUGGGCUUACUGGUGUUGCGUAUGUGGUUUGUUUUUCGGGUGCCAUAGAACCAGGAAGUACAGAUGCUGCAAAUUUGAUUGUGUGUGCACACGCAUACGCAAACACAUGCAAGCCAGCUCAGGUCUCUCUCUCCUACGCAAUAAUAGCCUUUUCUUGGAACCCCAAGAAGGAAGUCUUGCUUAGCCUGAUACAGGGGCAGCAGGAAGUGAUGGGAGGGAGAGCCAGUGCAAGCAGAUCACUUCCACCUACAAGGAAUAGCUUCUAAUGGGGGGUAGUGCUGAUGUCUAUGGACACUUCUUCCUAGGUGGGGAGGACCUUCUUCUCCUGAGGGCACAACCCUGGGGCACAGUUUGGCUUCCCUUGCCCCACACAGCCUGAGCUCCUGAGGAUGCUCUCAAGCCCUCUGGCUGGGAUGGAGCCAAGUAGCUUGGCUGCCCCAGCAAGCGUGGGAGUCUGAGUGAGCUGGGCCCCUCACCCCUUCCCUCCCCUUCCCCUCCUGCAGCUGUAAAAUUCCUUUGCCUGGCUUCCAGCUGGGAAGGGCGGAGGAGGGGGGGGCUGUUGCUUCCUGGCAGGCAGAAGAGAAAAUCUCUCCCACCCCCAGGGACCUAGAAGCUAGCGAUAAGGCAUGGCACAGAUUGUGGCUGCUAGGACUGAGAACGGAAACACAACUGGGAUGAGGCUGUUAGAGGUGUGCAUGAGAGAGAAAGGGAACUGGAGGAAGGGAGACUUGGACUGUGAUUCAACCCUGGAGUCCCGACUCCCAGUCUCCUAUUCCCCUUAUUUUACUUGCUGGUCUGAGCUGACUGUUGCAACACUUUCUUUCUUCUCCUGUUCCUUCCAGUGUGGACAAAUGUGGAGCCACGGUCUGUGGCUGUAUUCCCAUGGCACUCCCUUGUGCCCUUCCUGGCUCCCAGCCAGCCCGAUUCCUCCGUGCAGCCGACCGAAGGCCAGCAGCCUGUCAGCCACCCGUCUACAUCCAAUCAGAACAAAGGCAAGUGCGCAGGGCGAGAGGAAGAAAGGGGGCAGGUGCAGAAUUUCCACCAAGGCUUCCUGCUAUGGGACAGGCCAGCAGGUAGGACCGGGCAUGCGUGCAACUCCUUGCCCUCCUCCGCAAGAGCACAUGGCUGUUCAUUCUCUCUCUCUUUUUUUUAUAAGAUACUUAUUAAGGUUUUUUGAAAUAUUACAGUAAAAAUGAAAAAGAAAAGAGAAAAAUACAAAAUAAAAACAGUUAAAAACACACAUAUUUUCUAUUACUUAUUUUCCUUUAGCUUGUUUCCCGGACCUCCUCGUACCUCCCUUUUUUGUAUUCCACUUCAAUUUAUUGGUUCAGCAAAUCCUUACCAUUAGAUUUUAACCCAUUUAUAACCCUUUUUUCAUAUUCUCUUAGAACAUUACAGCUAGAAACCGCUUAAUUGCUAUCCAACAUCAUUCUAUCAUUCAUUAAUUUUACAAUAUUUCUGUAAAUAGUCUUUAAAUUUCUUCCAAUCUUCUUCCACCGACUCUUCUCCCUGGUCUCGGAUUCUGCCAGUCAUUUCUGCCAAUUCCAUAUAGUCCAUCACCUUCAUCUGCCAUUCUUCCAAAGUGGGUAGAUCUUGUGUCUUCCAAUACUUUGCAAUGAGUAUUCUUGCUGCUGUUGUAGCAUACAUAAAAAAGUUCUGUCCUUCUUUGGCACCAAUUGGCCGACAAUGCCCAGAAGAAAGGCCUCUGGUUUCUUCAAGAAGGUAUAUUUAAAUACCUUUUUCAGUUCAUUAUAUAUCAUUUCCCAGAAAGCCUUAAUCCUUGGGCACGUCCACCAAAGGUGAAAGAAUGUACCUUCAGUUUCUUUACAUUUCCAGCAUUUAUUAUCGGGCAAAUGAUAGAUUUUUGCAAGCUUGACUGGGGUCAUGUACCACCUGUAUAUCAUUUUCAUAAUAUUCUCUCUUAGGGCAUUACAUGCCGUAAACUUCAUACCUGUGGUCCAUAACUGUUCCCAGUCAGCAAACAUAAUAUUAUGUCCAACAUCUUGUGCCCAUUUAAUCAUAGCAGAUUUCACCGUUUCAUCCUGAGUGUUCCAUUUCAACAGCAAGUUAUACAUUCUUGACAAAUUCUUAGUUUUGGGUUCUAACAGUUCUGUUUCUAGUUUUGAUUUUUCCACCUGGAAGCCAAUUUUCUUAUCCAAAUUCUCACCCGAGGCUUUCCAUUUCAGAACCUCCAGAAUCAGCUGCCGUGGCCCAUGAGCUCCCUGGCGUGUCUUCCGGGGCCGAAGCAGGGAGGCCAAACACUUCGCACCCUGACAGCCCGACUCCAGUUUCCCAGCCAUCAGCGGCGACUCCUGGAGGGAGCGGAGGGCCAGCCCAGCAGGAAGACGACGUCCCAGGGCACUCGCGCCUGGACAGCGAGACAGAGAGCGAUCACGACGAUGCGUGAGUUCUGCUGCCUUCCGGGGCUGCUCCAUCAUGCUUUGUUGCGGUUCUCCUUCCAACAGCCUUGCCGAGGUCACAGUCCCCCCACCCUGCCUGACAGACAGCUGUUUUAUAGCUGUGGGUGACUUAUGCAAGCUAUAAGGCCACGACAGAUGUGGGACCGCAGCACAGUGGAGCAGGGAAUGUGCUGCUGGAAGGAGCGGCGUGAGGCAGUUGGGAGAGAACCCUAAAACAGAGAGGGAACGGGGAGCAUGGUUAAGUUGAAGGAGGAUGUCAGCAGACCCAGGCAAGGUGGCGGCGCUGGGAAUAGUUUGGAGAAGAUGGUGAAAUUGGACUUCCUUCUGUAGGUUCCUGUCCGUUGUAUCUUCUGAGAUUCAACUCCCACUGCUGCCGGGCAAGCGUCGUACCCAGUCACUGAGCGCUCUGCCCAAAGACCGAGAUUCAUCUUCCGAGAAGGAUGGGCGCAGUCCUAACAAGGUGAGGGAUCUUUUUCUUCAUCUCCUCUUCUCUCUCUCUCUCUCAUAUUCCUCAGCCUCCCUUCUCCCCAUUCAGCUGUGGAAUGCUCCACCAGUAUUCAGGGUUCACCCUGGGUAAAAUAUAAGUUUAGUGGUGGCUUUGGUGCUCUUUGCAUCCACACACACCUUUUUUUUUUUUGCAGAGAGAAAAAGAUCACAUCCGGCGGCCUAUGAAUGCUUUCAUGAUCUUCAGCAAGCGACACCGGGCCCUGGUGCACCAACGGCACCCCAACCAAGACAACCGUACCGUCAGCAAGAUCCUAGGCGAGUGGUGGUACGCGCUGGGGCCCAAGGAGAAGCAGAAGUACCACGACCUGGCCUUCCAGGUACAGCCUCUUAGGGAGCGUAACACGGAGAGUGAGUCGGGAGCCUUAUCUGCAAGUGCUGUUGCCUCCCAUAGUGCAGCUAGCAUGCCUGGCUUAGAUCAGUGGCUUCUUUCAUCCAGCAUUCUGUCUCCCAAGAGUGAGGCUGUUAAGCAGGGCCUGAUGGUGAAAGCCAGGGCUGUAUGUAUAUAACCUUUUCAGGAGUACAGAAAAGGUACACAAGCUUGUAUGGUUGCAGACCUGAGUUUCUGAAGAAUAUUUGCUUUCAUGUAAUUACAAAAGCAAGUCUCCUGCCUUUAGGUUGCCAAAAUAUGCUUGAAAAAUUCAUAGCUAAAGCCUAGUAAAAUCUCAGAAGCAGCAGUUUUAAAGGGAACAUGGAUGCUGUGUCUUGCUUUGUUUCUUUUCCCAGUGUAUAGCAAUGAUGCAUAAUUUGCUCAUUUUAGAUGGGAUUCAGAUCUCCAUUGCACAGAAUUUUAACUUUUGUGGCAUGGAGUCUGCAACAGCCAUUCCCACUUUUCCCCCUCAGUAGCUGGUACAUUGCCUAGGAAUCUUUUCUUCAUUUUUUUCCGAUCUCGACUUUUCUCUCUCCCCGCCCCCCCCCCAAAAAAAAACCAGGUGAAGGAAGCCCAUUUCAAAGCACACCCUGACUGGAAGUGGUGUAACAAAGAUCGGAAAAAGUCUAGCUCAGACGUGAAGCCGUCGGGGCCAGGGGGAUGCUCCAAGGAGACCCGAGAACGCAGCAUGUCUGAGACGGGUACUGCUGCUGUGCCAGGAGGUGAGCUCUUUUCAUAUCUCUCUUCCCCCUGCCACCCCCACUCCUUGCUUUAAGGCUCUCUCCUUCUUGUCUUAUCACUCUCUGCUUCCCCACCAGGCCCUUCCGAGAUGCAGGUGCUGCUGGGGCCAGAGGGCAAGGCAGGCAUGGUAGGAUCCGGCCACGGCCAUGGGGAGCGGAUCCUGCCCUCGGCGGGGCCUGGCGCACAGCGCCCCCGGGCCUUCUCCCACAGUGGGGUGCAUGGGAUGGAGAGCGACCGUGACAGCCAGGUGCUGCAGGAGCUCACCCAGGUACGUUGGCACACUCUUCUGGCGGCGAGGGGCGGGGCAGUAGGAGGUCAUGGAGAAUCUGGGUUCCGAUCAAUUCCAGGGGAAUUGGGGCUUUGGGAAGGAGAAGGGAUUAUUGCUUGCUACAUUAUUAUGGCCUACACUAGUUCUGGGGCUUCCUUGUCGGUUCAGCUGUUGUUUUGCCACCCAGUUCCUUCUUUCAGCUGAAGUCUGACCUGACAAAAAUCCUUCAGGUCGCAGAUCAAGGAUCACCUUGUUGCCCUGGGAGAUGCGAGGCUCUAACAGAUGACACUAUUCUGUUCCAGAUGUGCUCAGGACAGUCUCUGUACGUCGGUGGGAAGGGGCAGUUCGGGGGGCUGGGCCCUUCGGGGUCCCCAUUUGCAACCCCAGGCGAAGGCCCCAGGCACUCCUUGCACCUGCACGCCUCCCGUGCCUCCCGUUCUCAGCGCACAACCAGUGAGGACAUGACCAGCGAUGAGGAGCGAAUGGUCAUCUGCGAAGAGGAGGGUGAUGACGACGUCAUUGGUAAGGAGUCCCUGCCCCAAAUGCUAGCACAACGCUUUUGCUUAUCCCUGAACCACACGGAGCUCGGAGUACAGUGGUACCUCGAGUUAAGUACUUAAUUCGUUCCGGAGGUCCGCUCUUAACCUGAAACUGUUCUUAACCUGAAGCACCACUUUAGCUAAUGGGGCCUCCCGCUGCCACUGCGCCGCCGGAGCACAAUUUCUGUUCUCAUCCUGAAGCAAAGUUCUUAACCCGAGGUACUAUUUCUGGGUUAGCGGAGUCUGUAACCUGAAGUGUAUGUAAUCUGAAGUGUAUGUAACCCGAGGUACCACUGUAUUUAAACUUGUUGCCCUAAAUUCCUGCAUGGCUGCCCACCUCCUAAAGCAAAGGAUGAGGAACAUUGCAAAUACAUUGGGGGUGAGGAAGAUGACAUGUUAAAUAAAUGCUGUGGCUUCAAGAACUUGAUGCAAACCAUGAACUAAUAGUACAGCAUUAAAUUUAAGUUGAAAGCUGGAGGACUGAUUUUCAGCAAUAAGACCUGCACUGUUUUGGAAUAGGCUUGCUGGUCUGCUAACUGUUGCCCUCACAUCUGCAGCAAGAAUAGCGUGUGGUCUUGUAUGGCCUUGUUGCUGCUCUUGUGCCAUAAAUAUCAGUGUACCCAUAUUCUUACCUACCCACUGACCCAACUCUUGCUAGGAGAUCUGUUUGCUCCUUGCAGACUAGAAGGUUAUUCAGCACUGUGUUAUAGGCGCCUCUAGCUUGGGACUAGCAGGGCAUCCCUUAAAGCUGCUUUCUGGGGCACUGGGAGCCCAGUUUGUCAUCCUGCAAACCCAAAUUCAUGCAAAUCCACCAUGUGCCACACAAACCUUGUAGUUAAUCUGUUAUCAAAUGAUGUUACAUCUGGUAAAAUUCAGUGGAACCAAGGAGGCAGGAUUUUCUGCGAUUUCUGGGGGCUUGUAGAGGCGAAGAAGCUGGGCCCUCUAAGUUAUCUUUGACUCUCACUUCUACAAUGCUAAAGUUGAUUGGGUGGGACUGGAAAGGCUGUGACCCCUAUGGAUUUAAGAAAGAGUUAGGUUUUUGUGAAAUACCUUGUGAUUUGCUGCACAGGUAACGUAGCACAAGGGUGAAGAAAUGGCUACUCUUCCAUUAUCGAUGGGGGUAUCCUUUUUCUUUAUGUAUUCUGAGAUUGUAGUUUGUGGGCAUGGAAAAUGGUACUGGGAAAUUACUGCUUGGGAUUUAGCAUCUUCAGAAUUCCUUAAGUUUCUAACAUUUAAGACUGCAAAGAUGGGCUGGUGGACUAUCUCCCAGAUUCUGCGUUCUCCGAAGCUGAAGAGGUGGAGAAAGUUAGUAAGAUCUCUAGGGCUUCAGUACCUUGCACAACACUUUAUCCCUUUCCAUGACUGGGAGAGAAGCAGAGUGAAAAUAUGCAAACCAAGGAAAUAUAUGCGCUCAUUAGCAUGAUUUAUGCAGAUUGCAGAAUAGUGUGACUGUCCUGAAUGCCUGGAUAGCUCAGUUGGCUAGAGUGUAGUGCUGAUAAUGCUAAGGUUUGCAGGUUUGAUCCCAUAUUCCUACUAGAUGAUCCUCAGGAUCCCUUUGAACAAUACGAUUCUAUGAUUCCACCGUGUUUUUUCCCUCCUCCCGAUUUACACAGUCUUGCCAAUAAAGCGGAACUUUAAUUUACUUCGGUCAGAGUGCAACACCGACUGUUCUUUACCUGCAGUGACAAGCUGUGCUAUUACACUGUAAGCUAAACAAAUGUUCCUCGCUACCCAAACCGUUCAAAUUUUAUUAGCUCAAAUAAAUGAAUGGAAUUUCCUCUUCUAGACACAAACUCAAUUCAGCAAUGGAAGGAGCCACCUCUUUUCGAACAGUAGCUUUAGGCAAGCUGCGGUAAUCACCAAAUUGCACCACAGAAGGGAAGAAAGAGGGAUAAAAGAGGGGGUGCAAAGUGAGGGCAGAGGAGUGAUGACGCACCCCCUUGGGGAGCAUGGAAUCUCCUCCCAGGUGCCAUUUCAUAGUGAAGUCUUCAGUCUUACCCCCAUAACCACAAUGACUCAGACUUCCCCAUUUAUUAAAAAAACCCCCAGUGUUUUCUGUACCACGAGAUCAUCGUACCUUGCAUUAGUUUAUGUGGAAUAAGCUGCUCUCAAACAAGCAUCUGAUUCCCUUGCACACAAUCUGUCAUAUGGCAUAGAAUGCAGAGUGAGGCAGUUUGCUGUGCUGCUUUAUUGAGGCUGGAUGUUCUCAGCAGUAGAGCCAAGUGACCUGCAUGCAAAAGACCCCAGGCUUAAUCAUUGGCAUUUCCAGGUAGACUCCUGCUUGGCACCCUGGAGAGCAUCCACCAGCCAGUUACUGCAGACAGUAUUGAGGCAGGUGGGGCCAGUGGUCUGAUUCUGAAUAACGAGUCUUCCUAAUCCCAAGAGGCAUUUAUUACAGGAGUGGGAUAGUCCCAUUCUUGUUGCUACAUGCUUUAUAGAUUGUGAACGUAGUGGUAGUGGUGCGUACUGGCAUUAAAAGGUAACUAAGGGAUGCGGGUGGCGCUGUGGGUUAAACCACAGAGCCUAGGACUUGCCAAUCAGAAGGUCGGCGGUUCGAAUCCCCGCGACAGGGUGAGCUCCCGUUGCUCAGUCCCUGCUCCUGCCAACCUAGCAGUUCGAAAGCAUGUCAAAGUGCAAGUAGAUCAAUAGGUACCGCUCUGGCGGGAAGGUAAACGGUGUUUCCGUGCGCUGCUCUGGUUUGCCAGAAGCGGCUUAGUCAUGCUGGCCACAUGACCCGGAAGCUGUACGCCGGCUCCCUUGGCCAAUAAAGCGAGAUGAGCGCCACAACCCCAGAGUCGACCACAACUGGACCUAAUGGUCAGGGGUCCCCUUUACCCCCUUUUAAAUCUGCAUUUAAAUGCAAUCUUGAUUAUUUACUGAACAAGAUUCUCUGAAUGCACCAGAAGCCAGAUUGCUCUGCUUCAAAGCUGGGCUGUGGGUAGGUAAAGAGAUGGACAUUUCUGCCUCUCGUUUUCUGUCCUGCGCAGUGUUUUGUUGUGCCCUGGUUAUUGGCCCAUUACCAGCACCUUCUUUUCCUCCGAUUACUUAGCUCCCUUCUGCACCCAGAGCACCCCUAAUUUAGGUCUCUUCAGGGGGCCAGCAGCUACAAUUUCUAACACACACACACACACAAACUCCAAAAAAUUAGAAAUAAACGCUCCGCAUUUUGCCUGUACUUGCAGUAAGUGAAUUUGCAGAUUUGCAGUAAUCCUAUCCCUCUCGGAUAAAAAUCUCUGCCUCUCCAGGAGAGUUUUGGAGAGGGAAUGGGGGAUGUUUGGAGGUGGUCAGGUGUCUUGCUGACUCAUGCUUCUGCCCUCUUACAGCUGAGGAUGGGUUCAACCCUGCUGAUGUUGACCUCAAAUGCAAGGAACGAGUGACGGACAGCGACAGCGAGGGUUCCUUGGGGGAUGAAUCCGACAACAAGGUGAGUAGGUUGGAAGUAAAUGAAUAAGGGUGCAACUUCCGGGGGAUCUCAGACUUGCAACAUAAAGAGGUCGUGGCAACGAGAGAGGAAGCUUUGCUUUGUGAGCGUCUGGCUGUGGGAUGCUUCAGAGUGUUCAAAGCACUGCACACGUCUUCCUUGCAGCAAGCUAAACUCCUGGCUUUUGGUAUGGCAUCUUUAGAGGUUUUUAAUUAAUGUUUUGUGUUAAAAUGAGCAAACACAAGCACAGUCCUUUGCAGGCAAGGGGCUGGAGCUGAGAGAGGGAGACUUUGCUGCCCUCUUGGCGGAAGUGAGAGUCAAAAUGCGAACUGUCCUGGUUCAGAACUCAUUCCUGUUUUGGGACUUAGAAUUGUAGAGUUGCAAGGGAUUCUGAUGGUCAUCUAGUCCAACCCGCUGCUAUGUAGGACUGGCGAUGCUGUAAGGAAGACUAUGAAAGCAGCACUGUGGAGGAGAUAGCUCACGGGCGUUCCGGCAGCCUUCUAACCCUUUCCCCAUCUGCUCGCAGGACUUUGGGCGCAAGCUCUUCUCCCCGGUGAUCCGCUCGGCUGCGCUGCCUCCUUCCUCCGGUGCCUUCGCCCCCUGCCGCCCGCCGCCCCCUCUGGACUUGGAGCCACCCCCGCCUCCUCACAGCCUCGACCAGCAGCCCCCUUCCAAGACGUACGGCUCCUUCCAGCUGGCACCCAGCACCUUCAAGGCCCAAGACUCCCGAGGAGGGCUCCGCCCUCACAACACCCCAGCCAAGCGCCUGGAGCCACGCUUCGAAUCGGCGGCGGCCUCUUACCGGCGGAAGCGGGCAGACAGUGCUGGAGGGGGCUCCCAGGCAGCAGCCACGGAGUCUGGGGUGGCCCCCCUGGCCGCCCCGGCUCACUCGGUCAUCUCUCCGCCUGGUGGAAUGUUUCAGGCCGUGGUGCUCUCCGAUUCCGCCCGCUUGUCCUCGGGCACCGUGCUGGUGACGGCCCCGUCCAUGAGCGCCCCGAAUGUGGGAGUGAUCGGCUACAGCGGCGCGCCCAGCCUGGUCCGCACGGCCUCCACCGUCGUCACCAACGUGGUCAAGCCGGUUAGCAGCACCCCGGUGCCCAUCGCCAGCAAGCCCUUCCCGCGCGGGUCAGGGGAGGGGCUCCCGCUGCUCAGCCCCCCUCCCUCGGAUGGGGCCACGAAGGCGGAAGGGAUUUCUGUGGGGCGCCUCGGCCUCCUCUACGCCGACAAGAAGACUCAGCCGCCCUCGGCGAUGCCCGGGAUCCAAGCCACGUCGCCUCACCUUGUAGCCGGCCCUCUCAUUGGGCAAGGCUUGACCGCUGUGGGGAAGGGGCCUGCCAACCAAGGCAGCGUGGUGACCAACCUCCUUGUGGGAGCUCAAGGCUACGGGCAAGCGGGCAGCGCGGGAGGGGCUGCCGUUCCGGUGACUGUCUUGCCCCCCGGCGCCAUCGCACAGCAGCCCUCGGUGCAGUUCAUCACGCAGAAUCCGCCUGGGCCCGGGCAGAACGGCCCAGUGCCACUCAGCAUCCUGCAGCCUCAGGGCAUCCUCUCGGGGGCAGCGGGCAAGGCGGGUGGCAUCACUCAGGUGCAGUACAUCCUGCCCACCUUGCCUCAGCAGCUGCAGGUGGCCGGGGGAAAGGUGCCGGCAGGAGCGGGUGCUCCUGGAGCUGCCAGCAUCCAUUUUACUCUUCCGCCAGCCAACGGGAAGGUGAUUGCCACACCCCAAGCCAUCCCCAUCAUCCAGCCUGCUCCAGGAAGCGGCAACAGCAAUGUCACCGUCAUGUCCUCAGCACCCAAAGGUAAGGGCAUGGUCCUUUUUUGCUUGAUAAGUCGUCCAUACCAAUAUUUUAUUUUAUUUAAUUGCAUCACAUCAGAGGCUUAGAUCUCAGCCUGCCUAGUCUCUCUGUAAUUCCCAAGACUGAUUGAGAAUGCUUCCUGGCUAGUUCAUCCAUGCCCCAUGAUGGAGUGCAGAAAGAGAUCCAUUUUCAUUUACGGAUCUCUCAUCCCUAUAGGGUCACCGUGCCCCAAAGCUUUACACAUUUUAGAUUCUGGCCGCUUUUAAUACAUGAAGGGGUUUUUACUUGAAUCUCCUUCCACCUCUGUGUUAACGGAGCUGGCCUACCUGUUUGUGGUGACAGUGUGGGUCACCGUUUUGUACGGCAGAGUUCACUUCCGGUCCCUGGGCAAGUAAGAGGAGGCCGGCCGACAAGAAUAUGCACAUUGGCUCUCCCUGGUGUAAAAGAGCCAAGAAGAGCCGUGCUGCAUUGGGCCAGGGCCCCGUCUAGUCCAGUAUCCCAUUUUCCAUGGCGAGAACCAUGUGCCUUUGGGGAGCCCACAGUGCAAGGCAUGAGGUCAAUUGGCCUCUCCAGAAACGUGUAUUAUGUGACCAUCACAGCUAGUAGCCCCUGAUAGCCUUUGCCCUCCAUGAAUUUGUCUAACCCCUCCCCCAACCGCUGCCCUUUAAAGAUUAUGGUGAAGGUGCCUCCACCGUAUGGGUGCUGCCACCCUGGAAGAUUUGAUUCCUUGCAAAUGGGAAGCAAGCAUUACGUGGCCUCUGUCACGGUGCCAGUUCUGUGGAUCAAAGUGGUUGGGCGGCCACAUACAGGGUAAGGCGAUCUUGCAGGAAAACAGUAGAAUUACGUAAUCCUUGAUCGAUCUUCCAAACUUCAGAAGCCCCAAAUGUAGCUUUCCUCGUAGGGAGAGGUGCUUUUGUCCUCCCGAUAGUUGCCCUGUCCUGUGCCUUUCCCAGCUCUGCAACAUCCUUUAUGAGAUAUGGUACCUUGGUAGCUCAGCUCAGAUGCUGGGCUUUUUGAGAUCCGCAAACUGACCUUGCUGUGUGUGCCUCUCUUCUUUCUCCCUCUCUCGCCCCCAGUUCAGUCAGUGUCUCCAGUUCAAGCUCCAUCUCCCGGCACUUCAACCCACCUCGUGUCUGGGCAGGUGGUGCCCCCUGCUGGGCUCCAGGUACAAGGCAAGGUCCUGGUGCCCAUGGCACCCCCACAGGUGACGGUGCGCACCUCCACUGCCACCCAGCUGCCUCUGGUGACCCCACCUUUCCCCGUCCCAGUGCAGAAUGGGAGCCAGCCCGCCAGCAAGGUUAGUUAAUUGGGAGUGGGGGCGGGAAGGGGGCUGUGUUGGGUACCUUAUGCGACGGGUGAAGGUGGUGGUAUCUGCUAAUUGUGAAUACUACGCUUGGCGUAAAUGCUGCAGGACUGUCCAAUAAUAAUAGUAGUAGUUGUAGUAGUAGUAGUAGUUGUUGUUGUUCUGGCAGCUGCUAUUAAUUACUUUUUUGCACAAAGGGUGGUUAGGUGGCCAAUUCAUGGAGCAGUAGGUAAGCCUAGGGAUGGGGGUUUGAAAUUACCUCCAUGUAGGAGUCAGUCUUUCCUGUCCUCUGUGUAUCCUACUUAGGUCACCCUCUGGGUUUCAAAGUCCUGGUACUUCCCUUGAACCGCAAGGUCUUUAAUUCAUGGCAUGUAAAAAAACAACAAACCCCAAGCUUUCUAUAACCUGCCAAGAUACCUUUGGCUAGUACAGUUCUUUCAUUUGUUUUUGACUCUUGUAUUCCCCCUUUUUCUUGCAAAUAGUGUAAUCAAGUUUCUUUGAGUAUAUUGUUAAUGUAGUACAACGUAGGGAGGAGAGUAGAGCCUCUUAACGUUGUGUAGCAGUGCUUAAUUCAGCUGCUCGUUCUAUAAGUAAAGUAAAGAAAAACUCAACCCUGUAGGGCCACAGACAUGCUGCAAAAAUGGAGGAUUGAAACUUUGGUACAGGAUGCGUUGCUUCGACUGGAAUGCUGAGAAAACUCUGCUUUAAUCUCUUUCUUUCUGGACGAGUUUAUCAAUUUCAAGAUUGUGGGGAGGGACUUUAAAAAUGAAGGAGAGAUAAAACUAGAAGGCAAUUGGUGGGCCCAGAUGGUUUCUUCCUCACAGCUCCCUGUCCCUACUGAUCACAGGCUGCAGUUCCCACUCACACUUCAAUGCUCCUUCCUCUCUUCCAGUUAGGGCACCUAAGGCAGUAUAGGUUACAUGAUUACUGUUCCUACUACUGCAGAUGUUGAAUUCUGACAAAUCAGACCUGAAUGCCGUGUGGAAACAGUGUUUUCAUGAUGUUGGUUGGCAGCUCUGAUUGACAGGUCUGCCUGGCCACCCCGUCUUUCUGCUUUUCCAGAUCAUCCAGCUCACCCCGGUGCCCGUGGUUCAGCCCCAGCCCUCCUCGCAAAGCAGCGCCACCUUGGUUCCCCCCCUUAGCCCAGCUGCUCUCCAAGGCACUGUGGCCACUGCCGUCAUGGGCUCCCCGAGCCAAGCCCAGAAAGUCCUCUUGCCCUCCUCCACCAGGUACAGACAACCCCCCUACUGAUUGGCUAUGCCAGAUCCUGGGGGCACCCUGCCUGGGGGGUGGGGAAGGUGGCAGGGGUGCGAUCUUGUUCAUUUCAGCAUCAGCCACCUCCUUUGCUAUAACACACUCCCCCCCUCUCUCUGCCCCCAGGAUCACCUACGUGCAGUCAACAGCCGGGCACCCCCUCUCCCUGGGCACCUCGGCCUCCCACACACAGCCCAGCGCCCCCCCGGCCACGCCUGCCACGACCUACGUUCAGUCCCCAGUGGGCCCUGCCCCCAUGGCACUGGGUUUCACAGCCAUAGGGCCGAAUGGGCAGGCCAUAGUGCAGCCGCUGCUCUCAGGUAAGGUUGGCAAGGCAGUUGGGGGGGAGGCGGAUGGGGCCAGGCUGGGCGGAUGCGCUUGGCAGGGGCAUGGCGGCAACGAGAGAUGGCGCCAAGGGUCGACUGGCCUUGCCUCUGGCUUGCCUCUGAUUCCACUGCCCAUUCUGCUUCCUGCAGGUCAAAACCCUCUGCUGGCUCCAGGGCAAGUGGUGUCCCCACUGCAGAGCCCCCAGCUCCCGGCGUCCUGUGCCGGACAAGGGCAGGUCAUCACUGCCAUCUACCCCAGCCCCACCGGGACCAGUCCUGCUCAGCCCACCAGCCACGGCGUGGUCUACACGGUGGCAGCCACAAGCACCGUCACAGUCUCCUCUCCCACAGCCAUCCUGCCCAAGGGGGGCAGCAGCACUCAGAGCCCAGGGGCCCCCAGCCAGGGCCUGAUUUCCACAGGUACGGGGUGGGUGGGUAGAAGCAGGUGGGGCUUGACCCAGAGGGAGGAAACUGAGAAGUAGGGGAGGCAGCCAGGGAGGACACUGAGCUAAAAGAAACAAAUUGUACACCUAGGCUGCAGUUUGUAAUCCCCACAAAUGUUGCCCAUCGCUUUGCAUCAUUUGAAGUCCAUAAGGAGUAGAAAUCUUGCUCUUUUUUAAAAAAUGCGCAUUCCACUAUAGUUCAUUCCAUUAUAGUUGAAUGUACGAAAAAGAAUAUAAAACAAAACUGCACGAUAAUACCAUGACAGCAGAAAAAGUAUAACGAGAAAGAUUGGAAGUCUUUUGCAAAAAAUUUUUUAUCUGAUAGCUAUAAUGUCAGAUAAAUUUUGGUCUUUUUUUCUUUUUUUGUCUUUGUUUCAAAAUUUUCCUUUCUUCCCCUUUCUUUCAUUUUUUUGUAUAUAAAUCUGAAAUACUUACCUUCGUUGUAUGUUUGUAUCUUUGUAUUUUGAACCAAUAAAGAUUUAAUUUAAAAAAAAAAAUGUGCAGGGCGCUCCUGCUUGGCAGCACUACUUUCCUGUGGUGCUGGAUCUGUCCGGAUCCUGAGUUAGGUGGGUGUUCUUUCUCUUUUGGGCGUUUCUGACUUGACUCUAACCAGCUUCGUUUCCCCACCUCCCUCCUACUCAGCUACCCCUGCCGCUCCUCCAGCAGUUCCCCGACCUCAGCGGCCGCCGCUCAAGCCCCUCCAGAAGGUGAAGGCCACGAUCGCCAGCAUCCCGGUCGGCUCUUACGAAUCCUCCCCCUCUCCGGGUCCGGCCCGGCCCCCCGGAGGGCAGCAGCAGGAGCCCGGAGGGUCGCGAUGCCACCGGGAGGCCGAAGCCGCGGGAGAAGCCCGGACUUUGCGGGAGGCGGGGCCCCAGGAGCCGCCUCUUUCCCCCGCGUGCCGGGGCAGCGAACAGAACCCCCCGCCCAAAGCCCAGGAUCUGAAGCGGGAGUCCUGGGAGCCGGUGUCGCCCCCGUCUCCCCAGCAACCGCAGGUCACGGAGGCGGCGUCCGCGGAAAUCUGGAGCCAGCGGGAGGCAGGAGCCGGCGAAGAGAGGGCGGUCCGUGACCCUCCACUGGGCAGCAAAGGGACUGAGACGGUAAGAAGGAGACAGGAGGCCUUUGCUCAACCUGUACUUCCAGCGCUUGGAAAUCCCGCAACCAUCUUUGCCAACCCAGCCCCCCCCCCCAACAUUUCACCAGGGCAGGCAGAAACUGGAAAAGUCUUCCACAAAGUCUCCAGCAGAAGCUCCAAGGAGAUGGUUCUGCUGAGAUAAGAUGGCGCCCGGCACACUUCCCCUGUGCUGAUGGACGCUUGUGCCGAUAGGAAAAACUUGAACUCUUAGCAGAGUUCUUAGCAGAGUUCUUCAGCGGUAGAAAGUGUUGUCUUGUGUGUGGAUAAUAAAUCAGACUGAACGCAGGCUUCUUGCUAAUCUCUAACAGCCCUUAAUGAGAAGAAAAACAUCAUAAAUCAGUCCCAGCGAGAGAGCAGGCAUCCUUCUCGCCUCUCAGCCAAAAACGAAAGGAAACUCACACACAAAGAAAGAUUCCCGUAUGUGAACCAAACCACGCCUCGUCACACAGAACUGUUUAACCCUGUAAGUUCUGAUUCUCCUCACAGGUUCUGUGUCAGGGGAGCACAGCCACUGAGAAUGCCUCUCUCUGUUCCAGCCUUGACUAACAUGCGCUCCCCCCCCCAGCCAAUGUUUUGGCCUACAAUUCCCAUCAGCCCCAGCCAGCACAGCUGUAGGAAUACAGCUGCAUGUCCCUGGAGAUUCCCCCAAGCUGCAGCCUGAGCAUCUCCUGGAGACUUUGGAAGACCUUCCCAGUUUUCACCUGCUUUCACCCAGUUUUAAGAUCACGAAAGGUUACAGGGUUUUGAACAUCAGGAUUGAGUAUUCUGGGCUGUGCAUUUAUAUAAUAACCUCCCGCACAUAAUCAUCUUGCCUUGCGAACCAAGCGAGAGGGUCUUCCCGCUAGUAGUUCACCUGCCCAUUUGCCAGCCUUGCUGAUCUGCCUCCAUGUUGGCUUGCUCUCCUUCUUAAUGCCUCUUCCCAGACGCUCUCUGGUAGUAAACACCCUAUUCCUUUCUUCCCCAGGCCCACAAGUUCUCCACUUCCCCGGACUGGAGAACGGCCAGUGCUGAGGGCCGCGGUGAAGCGUCUGCCCCAUCCGCAGGCCCGCUGACUUCCUCGCUCAGCCCUGGCCCUUCGAGCUCCACGGAGGCCCCUAGAGGAGGCCCCUCGACCCUUGCUCCAGCAGCAGCAGCCUCCACAUCCGAGGCCGGGCCCGAGCAGAAGGAGGUCCCCGUGGGGAAGAAAGUCAAGGUCCGGCCCCCGCCGCUGAAGAAAACCUUCGACUCUGUCGACAAGUGAGUGAUUGGGGAGCUGCAGGAAUGGGUUGCCAAAGACCUAAAGCACAGGCAGCUGCUGUAUGCAGAGUCAGAUUAUUAGGUCCAACUAGCUCAGAGUGGUCUGCACUGAUUGGCAGUGGCUGUCUGGGAUUUCAGGCAGGGAGUCUUUCCCUGGAGAUGUUGAACCCCAGGACCUUUUUGCAUGCAAAGCAGAUGCUCUAUCACCAAGUUACAUCCCUUCCCCAGGAGUUAGGUUUUGCAAAGUGUGCUCUGGGGUAUCUGGAGUUCUUCAUCAGGGGUUGCCGAAUUCCCCCCUCCUACCCCUCAAAUGCAGCUUGCUUUUUGAUACAAUAUUAUUAUUAUUAUUAUUAUUAUUUUAUUUACAUGCCAACCAUCUGACUGGGUUAUCCCAGCCACUCCUUUUCUUCAAUAGGCAGUUGGCUGCUGGCAGUUAGCUUGAAGGGACCACCUUCCGUUCAUGCUGGUUGUAUUUAUAUUAUACGUAUUAUCACGUGGUUCUCCUAGAGUCAUAGAACUGUAGAGUGGGAAAGGGAACCCUGGGGGUCAUCUAGUCCAACCCCUUGCAGUGCAAGAAUCUUAGCUGAAGCUUCCAUGAGAGAUGGCCAUCCAACCUCUGCUUUAAAACCUCCAAGGGGUCCAUAACCUCCUGAGGGAGAGACCGUUCCACUGUCAAAUAGCUCUUAAUGUCAGAAAGUUCUUCCUGAUGUUUAGUCAGAAUCUCCUUUCCUUUAACUUGAAGCCAUGGGUUCGGGUCCUACCCUCCAGAGCGGGAGAAAACAGGCUUGCUCCAUCCUCCAUGUGACAGCCCUUGAGAUAUCUGAAGAUGGCUCCUCUCCCAGUUAGAGCUUCCCAACAAGCCUGUGAUGUAGACUAGGCUGAGAGAGAGUCCCUGGCCCAAGGCCACCCAGCGAGCUUCAUGGCCAAGUGGAGAUUUGAGAUUGGUUCUCCCAGAUGUUCUGCCCCUGCAGUGACAUGGAGCCAGGGAGGUUCCGUGGCAGUGCAUUCUAAUGUGCGAAGAACUCUGUGCAGCUAGGAAGCUUGGGAAGCUGCAGACGCCAGGGGGGAGUUGAACUUGGUUUGGCACGUGUGAAGGCUGCUUUCCGUGUCACUCUUUUCUACACAGCUGUUGAUGCUUGUGCCGAACUAACAGCCCAAUUCCAGAAAAGGCACGCGCCUCCGUAAUGUGCAAAUAAGUGUGCAAAGUGCCCUGUUUUGGUCUGAGCUCACACGUCGGUAAGAGAGUACGUGCCAGCAUCGCAUCCUGCAGAAACACACACGUUGGUUAGCACUCUCUUGCAGAACGGGCGGUGUUGCAAGUUAAAUUCACAGGUGAAGGCGUCCUUUUCUGUAGACAAGGUUUUCCACAAAGGCUUGUCACUGGUGGUGGUGGGACCCUGGAGGAAAGCACUGGCCUUUUGAAGAGCAAAGCACGAGGAGGCUGCUGGGUUGGGGGGGCAGCGUGUGUGUUGGGGGGGGCAUGUUCUGCGGGAGCCCCUGACUGCACGGUGUGACCCACACCCUGUCCCCUUCCCCAGCAGGGUUCUGUCGGAGGUGGAUUUUGAGGAGCGCUUUGCCGAGCUGCCUGAAUUCAAGCCCGAGGAGGUGCUGCCCUCACCCACCCUGCAGUCGCUUGCCACCUCGCCCCGCGCCAUCCUCGGCAGCUACCGGAAGAAGCGCAAGAACUCCACCGGUAAGGAGCCGGGCAGGGCCAGGAAUAGCCUUCUGUGGUAGCGGCUGCUGGGCAUUGCAAUUCCAAGACAACAGAGAGGACAAAUACAGAGCAGCAGAUGAGAACGGCAGACAUAGAUAUUGCCAGGGGCUGGACAGAGGAGGAAGGGUGGUGGCCUCAUGAACCUUCCUGAGAACAGGAGGACAGUAUAGACUUAGAGCAGUGGUUUGCAGAAGGACAUAGUUCAGAGAAUGUAGAGGUGAAAAGCUGGGCAAUAUUGGAAGAGGAAGCAGUUUCACUGGGGGAGAGACAGAUGACAGUGUCUUUGGAGAGCAUUCCUGAGUCUCCCUCCCCCAGGACUAGGCGUGCAGUGAGAGUAGCCGAACAGAAAGCUCAAGAGACAGAAGCCCAGACCAACCAGCGCAGGCAAGACUUACGAUAAGAGACGAAGGGGGGUGGGACUUGGAGCAAUGCCAUUAUAGGGAAGGCUGCAUUCCUUCAUCAUUCUCUGUGAAUUAUUGAAUAAAUUGCUUAGUAAGAACUUUUAUUGUUUCUCUGAUUCUGGGCUGCCACCAUGGGAGGGCUCUGAUUCCCCAAAGCCUGACAGAUAUGGAGGAAGGGGUACCAUCUGUUCUGUGGAGAGUCUCCAGGCAGGACAGGUUUGCCCAGGAGGUUACUGGAGUCGAAAAGCAAUGUGGGAUAUCCGCCCCUUUCACAUUUCUGGGAUCAGGUGGGAAAGGAAGCGUAACUUGUGCUUCCUAUUUCCAAGCUGUCCCGUAAUUCUGCAUCCUUGGGUUUAAUAUGGUGCAGGUUUUUAGGGGCAGGACUUUCCCUUCCCCUGACUUGGUAACACGACUUGUGUGCGGGUGUCCCUUUCAGACCUGGACUCCUCUACAGAGGACCCCAUCUCCCCCAAGCGGAAGAUCCGGCGCCGCUCCAGCUGCAGUUCGGAGCCCAACACGCCCAAGAGUGCCAAGUGCGAAGGAGACAUCUUCACCUUUGACAAAACCGGUGAGUAAGGUUGGAGGGCCGGGGGGGGAUGAUUGGGGAGAAAGGGUGGCAGUGGAGGAGAGGCCACCUGAGCCUCAAGCAGCACUGAAAGGGUCCAGAAAUACCCCCAAGCUGUGUACCUGCUUCUUCAGAGGGAGGGUGACCCCAUUCAGAGCAGGCAAUCUCCCAACUAUCCGCUAGCAAACCACCCAUACCCCAAACUUUUUAAAGGGGCAUUUUGGCUCCAGGUGCAUCAUAGAUCCUUUCUCAAUUUAGGCACAGACACGGAAGACGUACUCGGGGAGCUGGAAUACGAGAAGGUGCCGUACUCUUCACUCCGGCGUACCUUGGACCAGAGGAGAGCUCUGGUCAUGCAGCUCUUCCAGGAUCAUGGCUUCUUCCCUUCAGGUAAGGAGGAAGCUCAACCCGGCUUUCCCGGCUGACAUUGUCCUUGGGGGAGUAGAAGUUUGGAUUUUCCUUUUCCUGCAGGGGAUUCUACCGCCCCCCCCGCCCUUGGACCUUCCCUCCACUGCAAGAAAAACGACUGUAGUUUUUGGGUUUCAACUGAGCAGCCAUGUUAGGGUCCACCAGACAGUCGUGGAAAUGUAAUCGAGAGCAGCAUUCCUCGUCUGGCGGUUUUUUUGGAUUCCCGGCUCUCACCAGCCCCAACCACCACGGCCAGUAGCUGGGGACGAUGGAAGUUGUAGUCCCAACAGCUGCUGGAGGGCAGCAGGUUAGGAAAGACUGACGUAGAACAACUCUGUGUUGUUGUCCUCCUGCUGCUAUCUGAAUGGCAGCUUUCAGUUUGGAACAGGAACCGAGACUGACUGUACCCCUCCAGGCUUCUUCUGUAUAUUUUUUGGCUUUGCUAGUGGGUGGGGUGUAUGCUCCAGGUUCUUCACAUUGUUAAAGCACUGCCUAGGGAAGAGUUUCUGUAUGUGUUCUAUCAGAAAGGGUGGCUGCAUCUCUGUAGAUGAAUCACACUUCAUUCAUUCAUUCAUUCAUUCAUCCAACCAACCAACCAACCAUUCAUCCAUAUACCCCGCCUUUGAAAAAACAACAAUCAUUUUAAAAAUUGAACAUUAAUAGAAUUAAAUUUAUCUAUCAUCUAUCUAUGAAAAAUAUAUAAAAACCAUACAAAUAAAAACAGCAUAGCACCAGCCCUUUCAUUAAAAGCACUCAGUUCCCCAAAGCCUGCUGGAACAAGUGUAUGGAGGAAGGACAAAGAGGGAGCCAGUCUAACUUCUCUAGGGAGGGAGUUGCAAAGUCUGACAGCAGCCACUGAGGCAGCCAUUUCUUGCAUCCCUAACAAGAGUGCUUCUGAGGGUGGUGGGACUUGAGAGAAGGGCCUCCCCUGAAAAUCUCAAAACCAGGGAAGGUUCAAAUGAGGGAAUACGCUCCAUAGAAUUGUAUGGUUGGAAGAGACCACAAGGAUCAUCUAGUCCAACCCCGAGAUGCAGGAAUCUUUGCCCGGUAUGGGGCUUCAACCCAUGACCCUAGCGUUCAAAACAUUUCAGAGAUUACUGUAAUAUUUCUUGGUCUUUCUCUGUUUUGUGGCCUAGUUCAGUUCUCUGCAUUAGUUUGUAGGCUUUCUCCCCCCACUUUUUUAUUCCCCAGCCGUUCUCCGCCGCCCCAUCCUCCUUGCUGCGGCACUCACCACCUUUCCUCCCUCCCUUCCUCUUUGGCAGCCCAAGCCACCGCGGCUUUCCAGGCCCGCUACUCCGACAUAUUCCCCACCAAGGUCUGCUUGCAGCUCAAGAUCCGGGAAGUGCGGCAGAAGAUCAUGCAGGCGGCCACCCCGACGGAGCAGGCCCCGAGCACGCCGGAGCCCGGAGGGCCCGCCAGCCAGGGCAGCGCUGCAGAAGCGGGGCAGCCUCUGGAGCUGACCAUGGCGCAGGACUGUGCGCAAGGAGCAGAGGCCACCUCUGCCGCCACCGCCACAACUGCCCCCCUUCCUACAACAGCUGCCAGUUGGGACUGUAACCAGCAGUCUUCCCCAGGAGGCAGCGGCAGCGGAGGCAACACCAGCAGCAGAUGAACAGCCGUGAGCAGAGAGAAACAGCCUUGUGGAAAAGGAGUGGGGGGGGGGAUAUUGGAGCUUCGCCCCCCCCCCGCUGCCAUCUCUGUUCGUCACCCCUGCCCUCCUUCCCUUGCUAAGUGCUUCCCCCAUUUUCUGUGCCCCUGCUCAGGGACUGGAAGCGGGGAGGCAGCUGUCCUUCCUAUGCAGACUCUUCCUCUUUCUUCUUGCACUCCUCUCCAGCCAGUCUGCUCCGAGAGGGAGGGGCUCUGGUCUGCUGCCAGCCCCUUCGCUUCCCCCUCCACCCCAGGACUCGAGUGGUGGUGCUGAAAAACCAUUCCAGGACACACAGGCCUUGCUCUCUCUCUCUCUCAAUGCAGCGGAGACCGGUGACGGGGCCGAGCUGGGGGACAGUUUUACAAAGGGCCUUGAGCGAUGGACCCGUGCAAAGUGUCGGUUUCCAAUUUCAAGGCCCCUCCCCGCCCUUUUAAUAAUGUUAAAUAUUUUGAGAACCCACAUAUUCGUUGCUUUUGUGUCCGUAACUGGGGUGGAGGGGAGAGUCUUUCCCCAGACACACACAUACACACAGCUGAAGGGGGUCAGGCGGGGAGUUUGCGGCCUUGAGUUCUGGACAGGGUUAUUGCUUCGGUCGCCAGAGGCGAAGGAAGAAGAAAGCACACCCAGACCGCUGCUGGGAUCAGUUGAUUACGACGCCCACUUCUCUUGACCGGUCAAGGCUCUGCGUUGGCAACGAGAAGGAGGGAAGAGGGCGCUAUUUGCGGUAGAGACUGCAUACAGACCAGCCUACGUCUGGACAGGCGGUGGAGAGGGGUUUCUGCGAGUGAGGGGCUGACCCAGCACUCAAAGAAGCAAGAGAGAGCAGGUGUGGGUAGCUGGGGGGGCUCCCCCCCCCGAGCGUGAGUGCCCUGGCGGCCCCACGUCACAUGUUGACCAUGUGUGUAACCCCUUCUGUAUUGGGGUGCUCCCACCUCACAUGCUAUUAAAGCUCUUUAACAAUCCGUCCAGUCGUGGAGUUUUAGUUGCGCACAACUUUGGGGAACACCUUCUGGUGGGGGAUACGCUUUCCACCAAAUUCUCCUGCAAGUCUGGUGCAGAGCGGCACAGAACCCAGCUCCUUCCAAAACCUCCACUCCAGCAUCCUCCAAAGGCUUUUAACCCUUAAAAGGGAAAAAAAGAGGUAUGUCCGAGAUGAGUGUAUGAGAUAAGAAGCCAGAGCGGUUCCUGUGAGCCUUGGCCCUGGGCGCUCUCCCUUCUGCAACACUGCAGCGGCAG